AUGGACAGCAUUGGUGAGUUGACAAACUCCUCCUUCCUCCUUGCACUAACAUUAGCAGAGGCAUAUCAUGUGGGUACGGUAAACCAAUCACUGACAUGCUUUCUCCCCUUUUUAGUCUCCCACACAUGUCCAUCAUACUAGUGCUAUGGCCAUUCAUAGCCCAGGACCGAGUUCAGAAAACCCUACUGUAGAUGGAUAGCAGUGGAGGCUGGUGGGAGGAGCUAUAGGACGGGCUCAUUGUAAUGGCUGGAAGGGAAUCAAUGGAAUGGUACCAAACACAUGGUAACGUGUUUGACUCCGUUCCAUUGAGUCCAUUCCAGCCAUUACAAUGUGCCCAUCCUCCUAUAGCUCAUCCCACCAGCCUCCUCUGACGGAAAGGCUGUCAGCUAUCUGGACGGUUGCAUAGAUAGCCUAGCGCAUAGUCAGGCAACACUUGAUGUGUUUCUAACUGCUAAAGCUUUAGCUCAACUACUGUAUUUGGUGAGAGACAGUGAGUACUGUACGAUGACAGACAGACACGGGGCUGUCUCUAGAACAAACAGCUGUCGCCGGAUGGUCGAUGACCCUUUGUUUGUACAGCGCUACAGCAGUUCACUAGACCUUGCUGGUUGUUAACACACUCUCUGUUCAGGCUUUCCCUACCUCUCCUGUCCAGGCCCUCCCUACCACUCCUGUCCAGGCCCUCCCUACCUCUCCUGUCCAUGCCCUCCCUACCACUCCUGUCCAGGCCCUCCCUACCACUCCUGUCCAGGCCCUCCCUACCACUCCUGUCCAGGCCCUCCCUACCACUCCUGUCCAGGCCCUCCCACCACUCCUGGCCAGGCCCUCCCUACCACUCCUGUCCAGGCCCUCCCUACCACUCCUGUCAGGCCCUCCCUACACACUCCUGUCCAGGCCGCUCACCUACCACUCCUGACCAGGCCCUCCCUACCACUCCUGUCCAGGCUCUCCCUCUCCUCCCUCCUCCCUCCUCCUCCCUCCCUCUUCUGUCCAGGCCCCUCCUCCCUACCCUCCUCCCUCCCGUCCCCCCUCCCUCACCUCCCUCCCUCCACUCUCCUGUCCAGGCUCUCCCCCUCCCUACUCCUGUCCAGGCCCUCCCUCUCCCUCCUCCUGCCAGCUCUCCUCCCCUCUCCCUCCCUCCCUCCUCCCUCUUCUGUCCAGGCUCUCCUCCCUCCCUCCCUCCCUCCCUCCUCCCUGCCCUCCCCAUCCCUCCCUCACCUCCUCCCUCCCUCCCUCCCUCUCCUGUCCAGGCUCUGCCCCCUCCUCUCCUGUCCCAGGCCCUCCCUCUCCUGUCCAGGCUCUCCCCCUCCCUCUCCUGUCCAGGCCCUCCCUCUCCUGUCCAGGCUCUCCCCCUCCCUCUCCUGUCCAGGCUCUCCCCCUCCCUCUCCUGUCCAGGCCCUCCCUCUCCUGUCCAGGCUCUCCCCCUCCCUCUCCUGUCCAGGCUCUCCCCCCUCCCUCUCCUGUCCAGGCCCUCCCUCUCCUGUCCAGGCUCUCCCCCUCCCUCUCCUGUCCAGGCCCUCCCUCUCCCUCUCCUGUCCAGGCUCUCCCCCUCCCUCUCCUGUCCAGGCUAUCCCCCCUCCCUCUCCUGUCCAGGCUCUCCCCCCUCCCUCCCUCUUCUGUCCAGGCUCUCCCCCUCCCUCCCUCUUCUGUCCAGGCUCUCCCCCUCCCUCCCUCUUCUGUCCAGGCUCUCCCCCUCCCUCCCUCAUCUGUCCAGCUCUCCCCCUCCCUCCCUCAUCUGUCCAGGCUCUCCCCCUCCCUCUCCUGUCCAGGCUCUCCCUCCCCUCUCCUAUACAGUAGUACAUCAUGAUUAACUUUGCUUUUUGCCCCUCUGUCUCAGAGCCCUUUCUUUUGAAAUUAAUUAACAGAGCGCAUCCUCGGAAGCCUCACUGUGUGCACACUGCUCACAGCUAGGAUCGACACUCCCAGAGGAAACCACCAGUAACCACCAACUCUGCAGCUAGCUCCCUAAAGCCCCAGGAGCAGCAUGUUUAAAUGGGAUUGCAGUGCCUGGGUGCGUAGGGCCCCACUCGGUCCCAAAUGCAACAUAUCUGAAUCACUGUGUGUGUUCCAACCCCAAGGGCUAUGCUAAGUUGAAGCUCUCUCUAUUCAAGGCAGGUAAUCGGCUUCGUUAGAUGUGUUUGAUUGGAGACUGGAUGUUUAGCAGUGGGCUCAUCUCUUUACCAGGGUCCUGUUCACCAGGGCACACCCUGAAAAAAUUCUCUUCUUUUUGGACAAGUUCUGAUAGUACUUCCCUGCUUCACUCUGUUUUGCGCCUACUGAACACCACAGGAGGUUGGUGACACCUGAAUUGGGGAGGACGGGCUCGUGGUAAUGGCUGGAGCAGAAUAGGUGGAAUGGUAUCAAAUACUUCAAACAUGGUUUCCAUGUCUUUGAUGCCAUUCCAUUGGCUCCAUUCCAGCCAUUAUUAUGAGCCUCCCCUCAACCCUGAUAGGUAGGUGUGGACAUUUUCAUGUUUUCUCAUAUCCUUAACAUUGAGCCCCAGUCAGGGUCUGCUGGCUUCUCUGUGGGUAUGAAAGAUGCUAUUAGCUUUUGGCACUCACUCCCAGUCGCUACUGAGUUUGCCCAGAGCAUCAAUCAGGUCAACUCAGUUAUUGUGUUUUUGUUCGCAGCCAGUUACAGGAAUUCACGUUCAUUAUCGGAAUGAAUUCUCCUCUCUCUGCAGACCUGGGUUCAAAUACUAUUUGAAAUCUUUCAAAUACUUUGAGUGUUUGCGCUAGCCUGCCUAGAGUGUCAGAUAGGUGGGGUUUAACUUGUUGGGACUAUUAUAUUGGUCCAAUAAGCCAGACAAGCUCAAUCAAGCAUAUCUUUUGAAAUGAUUUCAAUCAAAUAGUAUUUGAACCCAGGUCUGUCGAGUACAUUUUUGAAAGCUGUGCUGUUUUCCACUUCUUACCUCUUUCUACAAAGGCUGAAUAUCUUCAAACCAAAGUUAUAUUUUAUGAAGUAAUUCACAGGAACUUCAUUUUACCAUAUGGCUAGGCCUACGUCAUAUUUUCAAGCUUUUUUGGCCUGGAUAGUUGCCCAGUUAUGUUCUAUCUUCUUUGUACUUAUUGUUUUGGAUCCCUCAACUCUCUUUCUCUCACUCCCAGCCCAGCUCCAUCUCUUUGGUCUGCGUCCCGGUCUGUCGCCAAAGUAAUGUUGCCUCCAGUGUACAGGGAGGAUAUUUCCUGACCAGUUUGUAGGACAGAGAGACUGAUAACGUCACUCAUACUGUGUGUGUCUUUAAUGUGUAGGCAACAUUCCACUGCCAGUCAGUCUAAUGAAUAAUAGGGUGGCUGAUAUAACAACAAAAGGUCUCUGACAUUAUGUCCCUGGCCUUGGAAUUGUGAAUAGAUACCUCUGCCUUGAAAAGGUCUCUGACAUUAUGUCCCUGGCCUUGGAAUUGUGUAUAGAUACCUCUGCCUUGAAACCAUCACAUCAGCAGAUGAGGAAUCACACAAUUCUUAACCAUCUCAGUACCUACACAAACAUCCAUUGCUCUCUGUCUCUGUGUAGAAGUUGAAGAUGCAGUAGGCUACACUACAGUAUCAGUCAGGAGACGACCCUCCGUCUGUGCAACUGAAAAAUAAAGCUACAUUAAUGUAUAUUAACCUCCAGUGAGACCUCCAUGACAUUGUAGGAUUUUUUAUGAAUUUAUUUGCAAAUUAUGGUGGAAAAUAAGUAUUUGGUCAAUAACAAAAGUUUCUCAAUACUUUGUUAUAUACCAUUUGUUGGCAAUGACACAGGUCAAACGUUUUCUGUAAGUCUUCACAAGGUUUUCACACACUGUUGCUGGUAUUUUGGCCCAUUCCUCCAUGCAGAUCUCCUCUAGAGCAGUGAUGUUUUGGGGCUGUCGCUGGGCAACACGGACUUUCAACUCCCUCCAAAGAUUUUCUAUGGGGUUGAGAUCUGGAGACUGACUAGGCCACUCCAGGACCUUGAAAUGCUUCUUACGAAGCCACUCCUUCGUUGCCCGGGCGAUGUGUUUGGGAUCAUUGUCAUGCUGAAAGACCCAGCCACGUUUCAUCUUCAAUGCCCUUGCUGAUGGAAGGAGGUUUUCACUCAAAAUCUCACGAUACAUGGCCCCAUUCAUUCUUUCCUUUACACGGAUCAGUAGUCCUGGUCCCUUUGCAGAAAACAGCCCCAAAGCAUGAUGUUUCCACCCCCAUGCUUCACAGUAGGUAUGGUGUUCUUUGGAUGCAACUCGGCAUUCUUUGUCCUCCAAACACGACGAGUUGAGUUUUUACCAAAAAAGUUCUAUUUUGGUUUCAUCUGACCAUAUGACAUUCUCCCAAUCCUCUUCUGGAUAAUCCAAAUGCACUAUAGCAAACUUCAGACGGGCCUGGACAUGUACUGGCUUAAGCAGGGGGACACGUCUUGCACUGCAGGAUUUGAGUCCCUGGCGGCGUAGUGUGUUACUGAUGGUAGGCUUUGUUACUUUGGUCCCAGCUCUCUGCAGGUCAUUCACUAGGUCCCCCCGUGUGGUUCUGGGAUUUUUGCUCACCGUUCUUGUGAUCAUUUUGACCCCACGGGGUGAGAUCUUGCGUGGAGCCCCAGAUCGAGGGAGAUUAUCAGUGGUCUUGUAUGUCUUCCAUUUCCUAAUAAUUGCUCCCACAGUUGAUUUCUUCAAACCAAGCUGCUUACCUAUUGCAGAUUCAGUCUUCCCAGCCUGGUGCAGGUCUACAAUUUUGUUUCUGGUGUCCUUUGACAGCUUUUUGGUCUUGGCCAUAGUGGAGUUUGGAGUGUGACUGUUUGAGGUUGUGGACAGGUGUCUUUUUAUACUGAUAACAAGUUCAAACAGGUGCCAUUAAUACAGGUAACGUGUGGAGGACAGAGGAGCCUCUUAAAGAAGAAGUUACAGGUCUGUGAGAGCCAGAAAUCUUGCUUGUUUGUAGGUGACCAAAUACUUAUUUUCCACCAUAAUUUGCAAAUAAAUUCAUUACAAAUCCUACAAUGUAAUUUUCUGGAUUUUUUCUCUCUCAAUUUGUCUGUCAUAGUUGAUGUGUACCUAUGAUGAAAAUUACAGGCUUCUCUCAUCUUUUUAAGUGGGAGAACUUGCACAAUUGGUGGCUGACUAAAUACUUUUUCCUCCCACUGUAAGUACCACCUGCCUUAGUUCCCACCAUAUUAUAUUUCUUAAGCACCCCCAGAGUCACAUCUCAGAUCAUCUGUCUUCCUAAUUUAUUUGACAUUUCAUUUCUACCUCCCCAGUUCUAUGGGCUCUCUCUCAUCCAAGAUGGCUGUCUGUUAGGAAUAGCUAGAGUAGGAUGGAAUGGGUGUAGGCCUAGUUACUAGGCCUAGUUUUUGGCUGUCAUCAGUUUCUCAAUGAAAGCUCUCCAUCCAAGAGGUGAAGUAAUGCUGCUCGUUGUGGGAUCGAGAAAAGCUAUUUUUCCUUCUCCAACACUGCUGUUAAUGGGUUACCACUACUGUAUGGCUCCAGCAGCCGUAACGAUAUAAGGCUAUGCAUUCCUAUAACAUUUCAUCAAUGUUUUCCACUAAUGGUUUUCAUGGCUUUACCAGUAAUAUGGUUAUCGGUAGAUGGUUUGUCCUGUCAGUCAGUGCCUUCAGCCUCUCUGCUCACCUAGUUUCUAACAGUGUGCCGAGGCUACAGCCUGAGGGGUGGUGGAUUCUAAGCCGUCUUCACUGCACACAGUCAUGGUCAUGCAUAUGAAUUGUGUAACCUAUUUCAGUCGUUUUGCUGCUCCAGUAGGAUCCAUGAAGCAUAGGCUACUUCCCUUGACAAAAGCUGUGCAGUGAACAUUCAUUUUAUAGGCCUAAAUAUUAGACUGGUUGGCUGACAACGUCACAAAAAUGAUGCACGUGCGGCAAUGGGUCUGAAGGCCGUGUGAUGUUAUGAUUCAGAACGGUCAGAUGGCAACAAUGACAAGAAGCUGCAUUUUGGGGAUUCAUAGGUGGCUCGUUUUAUCUUGUUCUUGAUACCAUGUCUUGUUUUGACUGAUGUCACGUCUAUGCUAAUAUGGCAAAACAUUCGCUAGCUAGGUAACCAACAAUUGUGCAAAUGUUUUUAUCUUUUUGAUAAACAUAUACUUUAGGCCUACAUGUUGUCAACAAUCUAAGCCAACCCCAUCUGUUUUAGUGGCCAUCAUCAUACCACCCUGCAUCCCACUGCUGUCUUGCCUCUGAAGCUAAGCAGGGUUGGUCCUGGUCGGUCCCUGGAUGGGAGACCAGAUGCUGCUGGAAGUGGUGUUGGAGGGCCAAUAGGAGGCACUCUUUCCUCUGGUCCCAGGGCAGUGAUUGGGGACAUUACCCUGUGUAGGUUGCUGUCUUUCGGAUGGGACGUUAAACGGGUGUCCUGACUCUCUGUGGUCACUAAAGAUCCCAUGGCACUUAUCGUAAGAGUAGGGGUGUUAACCCUGGUGUCCUGGCUAAAUUCCCAAUCUGGCCCUCAUACCAUCAUGGCCACCUAAUCAUCCCCAUCUUCCAAUUGGCUCAUUCAUCCCCCCUCCUCUUCCCUGUAACUAUUCCCCAGGUCGUUGCUGUAAAUGAGAAUGUGUUCUCAAUGAAUUUACCUGGUAAAAUAAUGGUUAAAAAAACAGUAUCUGAUUUAUUCAGAUACCAGUAUAUUAUAUAGUGACAGAUUUGUUUUAUUUGAUCAACCCGCCAUAGCGUACAGCUACAGUUAAAUAAUCUCCACUUUGUCAAACGAAAGCCCUAACGACAGUUGAAGGCUACUACUUAUCUCCCCUAUCUGUCUCGUGCCCUAGUUGUAGCUCGGGGGGCGUGUGAGUGUGUCUGUCUGGGAUUAGGACUGGGACAAGCCCUUUCUUCUGUUAAGCAGCUGUCUAACACCUGUAUCGAGGUACGUCUGGCUCGCCUGCUGAGCCCGACUGGGUGCUUAACACACACACACACACACUGGCUGGGAUUAUUGAUGCAGAAUGACUGGGAGAUGGAGGCUGUGAAGGCAGGAGAAACGAUCCUCUCCAGCUGCUCGGGUUAGGCUUGGGCAGUAUACUGUAUACCGGGGUAUUUGGAAAUAGCUCGGGAUGGUUUUUCAAUACUGUCAAUACCGUUGAAACUAUUUCUUCAAAUUUUUUAUUUAAUACUUUUUAAGUAGCUACGUACAUGCAGUCAAUACUUCAGGAGAUAAAGAUGGCCGUCUUCAUUUUACCUGUCACAUAAUUUUUCAUUAUGAAGUUUGUGUGUCUGUUUGUUUUGUGUGUCAAUGCUAGCACAGGCAGAUGAAAGGAGAACAAUCGGUGAGGAAAGGAAUCCACUGUCUCUGCACCAGAACCUUGUUUUUCUCCGUAUGGUUGUCCUUGGCCACGUUGAUGCGAAACACAGUGGCUGUGUUUGCUACUUGCAGAGAUACCUAGCGGCACAGGGACAUUGGGGGACGUUGUCAUUUAGAGCAGGAAAGGGAACAUACAUGCGCUCUUGAGUGGUAGUGGCUUUCUAUUCACUUGACAUCUCUCUCCUCUCGCUCUCUCUCUCCCUCCUUCCUCAACAUCCUCCCUGUGAGAGCUGUCAGCCUCCAGCUACCACCAGCGAAAAUCAAUUCCCAGUCGAUACAUGACGGCAGCGUUCACAGAACCUCUGUCACCUGCUCUGCAUACAGGCUCAAUGGCUGUGUCCCAAAUGGCACCCUGUUCCCUGUGUUGUGCACUGUUUGUCCAGGGCCAAUAGGGCUCUGGUCAAAAUGUAGCACACUAUGUAGUGUAUAUGGUGUCAUUUGGGACGACAUCAAUGAUUCUCCCAGGUGGUGAAGGAAACACCACCGGUAUAGCCUAUAGUUAGAUUUUUAUGAAUGGUGUCGUAAAACUAAAAUCACAUCUUAUCAUCAGGUGAAUGUAAUCAUUUUUAAAUGAAUAGAUUUAGUAGAUAGUUGCAUUAUUUUCUCCCCCACAGUUCAUUAGAAGAGGAAGUGUAAACUGUAGGAAGCUGUAAAAGUAUCUUGGUGGCAUAGAGAAAAUGUUGCAGUUUUGAAGCUAAUUUCCUGCAGUUCUAUGCAUUUUGCUAAUGCAGUGUUCCUCUGCUCAAACAUGAUAUUAUAACUAAAUCAAUGGGCAUGUGCCCUGAAUGCCCGGAUUCUUCCUGACUUACUAGCUUUUAUUGGAUUGUUAAUUCUCAAAGAUGGUAUUAUUACAAAAUAUAUAUAUACACUGAACAGUAAUAAAAAUGCAACAUGUAAAGUGUUGGUCCCAUGUUUCAUUAGCUGAAAUAAAAGAUCCCAGAAAUGUUCCAUACCCACACAAUGCUCUCAAAUGUUGUGCACAAAUUUGUUUACAUCCCUGUUGGUGAGCAUUUAUCCUUUGCCAAGAUAAUCCAUCCACCUGACAGGUGAGGUAAUCAAGAAGCUGAUUAAACAGCAUUAUCAUUACACAGGUGCCACUUGUGCUGGGGACAAUAAAAGGCCACUCUAAAAUGUGCAGUUUUGUCAAACAACACAAUGCCACAGAUGUCUCAAGUUUUGAGGUAAUGUGCAAUUGGCAUGCUGACUGCAGGAAUGUCCCCCAGAGCUGUUGCCAGAGAACUGAAUGUUUAUUUCUCUACUAUAAGCCACAUCCAAUGUUUUAGAGAAUUUGGCAGUACAUCCAGCCAGCCUCACCACAGACCACGUGUAACCACGCCAACCCAGGACCUCCACAUCUGGAUUCUUCACCUGCGGGAUCAUCUGAGACCAGCCACCCGGACAGCUGAUGAAACUGGGUUUGCACAACUGAAGAAUUUCUGCACAAACUGUCAGAAACCGUCUCAGGGAAGCUCAUCUGCGUGCUCGUCGUCCUCAUCAGGGGCUUGACCUGACAGCAGUUCGGCGUCGUAACCGACUUCAGUGGGCAAAUGUUCACCUUCGAUGGCCACUGGCAUACUGGAGAAGUGUGCACUUCACGGAUUAAUCCUGGUUUCAACUGUAGUGGGUGUCGUGUGGGCGAGCGAUUUGCUGAUGUCAACGUUGUGACCAUAGUGCCCCAUGGUGGCGAUGGGGUUAUGGUAUGGGCAGACAUAAGCUAUGGACAACGAACACAAUUGCAUUUUGUCGAUGGCAAUUUGAAUGCACAGAGAUACCGUGACAAGAUUCUGAGGCCCAUUGUCGUGCCAUUCAUCUGCCGCCAUCACCUCAUGUUUCAGCAUGAUAAUGCACAGCCCCAUGUUGCAAGGAUCUGUACAGAAUUACUGGAAGCUGAAAAUGGCCCAGUUCUUCCAUGGCCUUCAUACUCACCAGACAUUGAGCAUGUUUGGGAUGCUCUGGAUCGAAAGGUACGACGGCGUGUUCCAGUUCCUGCCAAUAUCCAGCAACUUUGCACAGCCAUUGAAGAGGUGUGGGACAACAUUCCACAGGCCACAAUCAACAACCUGAUCAACUCUAUGUGAAGGAGAUGUCGCUCUUCAUGAGGCAAAUGGUGGUCACACCAGAUACUGACAUGUUUUCUGAUCCACGCCCCUACCUAUUUUUUAAGGUGUCUGUGACCAACAGAUGCAUAUCUGGAUUCCCAGUUAUGUGAAAUCCAUAGAUUAUUGCCUAAUGAAUGUAUUUCAAUUAAGUGAUUUCCUUAUGUGAACUGUAACUCAGUAAAAUCUUUGAAAUUGUUGCUUUUAUAUUUUUGUUCAAUGUAGUUCAUUUUCUUUUUUGCAUGCGUUCUGUUUUUUUUCCAUCCCCCAAAUCACCACUUUUCUAUACAGAAAAAAACCCUGUAAUUUUCUCAAAUGACUAAUUCCCUCAUAUUAAAAGGAUAGUUUGAGAUUUAGGCAAUUAAGCUAUUUAUCUACUUCACCAGAGUCGGAUGAACAGGAACGGCUAUGGAUACUUUGACCUCUAGUAUCCUCUUGGUAAACAUAGACACUGUACCACUGUUCCCAGUCCCAGUCUAUUAGAUCCCAGUGUCAUUAAUAUGGUGACACAUAAAGAAUCAGGCACAGUAAAUGCCCCGUGGACAGAACAAUUAAAGCCAGUUAAGCUAUGCAUAAAAUAUAGGCCAAUAGGGGAAGAAGAGCGAGGAAAAAACAAAUAGACUGAACACUUUUGUCCUUGGCUUUGCUAAUGAGCGCUAAACGACAGGCUCUGGCCUAGCGGUUAAGGCGUUGGGCCAGUAACCGAAAGAUCGCUGGUUCGAAUACCCGAGCCGACAAGGGGAAAAAUUGAUUUGCCCUUGAGAAAGGCACUUAACCCACAUUUUCUCCACAUUUUUUUAUGGCCGUAAAACAACACAUUUCACUGUACCUAUCAGGUGUAUGUGACAAUACAUAUUUUAUUUUGUAUAAGUCUACGUGGUUCUCUUCUGUCUGCUCCUCUGUUUCUAUCCAUCCUCUGUCUGUCUCUCUGUUUCUAUCCAUCCUCUGUCUGUCUCUCUGUUUCUAUCCAUCCUCUGUCUGUCUCUCUGUUUCUAUCCAUCCUCUGUCUGUCUCUCUGUUUCUAUCCAUCCUCUGUCUGCUCCUCUGUUUCUAGCCAUCCUCUGUCUGCUCCUCUGUUUCUAGCCAUCCUCUGUCUGCUCCUCUGUUUCUAGCCAUCCUCUGUCUGCUCCUCUGUUUCUAGCCAUCCUCUGUCUGCUCCUCUGUUUCUAGCCAUCCUCUGUCUGCUCCUCUGUUUCUAGCCAUCCUCUGUCUCUCUCUGAUUCUUCUGCGUCUCCUCUCACACUCCUCUUUCUCUCUCUUCCCUCUCUCAUCCCUUUCUCUCACUAGCCUAUUCUUUUUAUUCUCUCCAUCUCCCUCUUUAGGCCUAUUUCUCUCUCCAUCCAUCUGCUCUCUCGCCAUCAUCUCUCUCUUUCUCUCUUCAUCUCUCUCUCUCUCCAUCCUCUCACUCUCUCUCUCUCUCUCUCUCUCUCUCUCCCUCCUUCUUUCCUUUUUUAACAGAGGUGUUUGAUUCUAAAGGCUGUCAGUUAGUGGACCGUUUUGGAUUGGCCCAUGCCAUUAUGCCUUCUAGGAGAAUUAUACUGUGGUUGGAUGGCUUUGUGCCGUACUAACUACUGUAUUUCCAUGUAUUACUAAAUUGUUCAGAGCACUUCCACUUUUAGAGUUGGCUAAAGAAGGAACUAGGUGUUAUCCAGUUUCUUUCUACUUCUUUCUUCUGUAGUUCCUUACUCUUUCUUUUAACUCUCUGUGAUGGUGUGUGUUUUGUUUCUAGUGUGUAUGCGCAUCUGUGUGUGCAUGUUUGUGUGCGUAUAUGUGCCACAGCCCAGUGUGUGUUUGCGUGUCUGCAUCAGAUUUUUAAGUAAUGUUUUCUCUCUUAAUUGAAGUUUGUGUUCCAGAACAUUGCAGCAGCUAACUGCGUCAGUCUGGAAGUAAUUCCACCACUUAAACAGUUACUGGUAAAGUAAAUGAAUAGCGUGAAGGAGGACAACUCUGUCAACUAGCAUAGCGUGGAAGCCUGCCCCUGCUUUCAGAGGUUGGCUGUCUGGCUCUUUGCUGUUCCUCACCCACCUAUCUAUAAUUGAUAGUUUAUGAAUGGCUAAUGAAGGGAAGGAGGGGGCUGACAUGGGACUGAAUAUUCAUGAAGGUCGUGGUUAGGGCUGGGAAUUGCCAGGGACCUCUCGAUACGAUAUUAUCACAAUACUUAGGUGCCGAUACGAUAUGUAUUGCGAUUCUCACAAUUGUCACGAUUCUAUAUGUAUUGAGAUUCGAUAUUGCGAUUUGAUGUUCCAAACAUAUUGCUCACUAUGUCUGCUGCUGAGAGACAAGAGAGCAUGAGAAAAUGAGUUCUGAUCAGUCAGGGAAAUAAUAAUGCUGAAAACAUGUUGGCUUACCAUUUAAAAAGAAGAUGGAGAACAAGCUAUAGGAUGAAAAAUACCUCCGUUUUGGCGCCAGUACAGCUAGCUAACGCUACCAAGGAAAUUUGUAAAAGAAAACACUAAUGUAAGUAUCUAUAUAAUAUUGUCUAAAAUACUAUUGUGAUGUGUAACUUUAUUGAUUUGUUUUAUUUCCCCAUCAUUGGUCAUGGUUAUUUAUGUUGCGUGCGUUCCCAUGUAUCUAGAUCUAAAUAGACUCUGAAAACGAGGCCCAUUUCAAUUAUAUUUAGCAGGGAGGUCGUGUUCAUUAGACACCAAACGGAAGAAAACGGACUGAAACGGAGGGACUCGACCAAUAAGAAAUGCUAAUUUUUGUUUCCUGUUGCAAAAUGUUAUAGAAUGUUUUAUGUUGUGUGCCUUAAUGAACAUGGCCCUGUUACAAAAGUUAUAGAUGGGGGGGUGAGGAACCGCAAAGAAUCAGGCAACCUCUGAAAAUGGGUAAUCCCUGUUUCGGUCUGUUUUCUUCCGUUUGGUGCCUAAUGAACACAACCCAGCUAUCAGCAGAUGGGCGUAGAGACAGUGCAACACUGAAACAUUUCCACUUUAGGAAUUUUCCUAAAAUGUUAACCCACAGCCAAUACCCUGAGAUUACUGGAAAUUACAGACAGAAUGAUGAAAGACAAGGGGGGGGGGGGGGGGGGUAAUGACAGUGUUUCAGUCUCGGCUGCUUUCAAGAAGUCAGUGGUUCCUUUGAUUUUAGGAGAAAGGGUUUCGAAAACGAGAGAAAGGCGACAGAGCCCGACUAACUGUUUUUUUGAUUCUAUAAAUCUUGCAUGAUCAGAGGAACAGUUUCCCCCCUCACGCACCCCAACCUUACUUGUCUUAUGGAUAAGAGCGUCUGCUAAAUGACGUAAAUGUAAAUGAAAAAGAAAGUAAGAGAGGGAGAGAGAAAGCAGUUAUGGGCUGUGGAGAACUGGGAUGAGGGACCUGUCAAGAUGACACAUCCAUUUCCUUUCGUCUGCCAUACUUUCUUCUCUCAUUUGUUCCCUCUCUCCCUCUCAGAUCCAUCUCUGAUGGGUCACCACCACAUCUCACUCACUCCUCUUCCACACCACCCAGCCCAAACAGAGUCCAGGCAGAUUAUCUGUGUGGGUUGUUGUGAACUGACAGGCUUAGCUUCUGGCCGCUACCCAAGCCUCCCCUCCCUUCAUCUCUCCCUCCCCUCCCUCCCCUCUCUCUCCCCUCACACCAGACCUCCCAGACCCAGCCACCCUCCCCUCCUAGGCGAAGAGCUGUCUGAUGGGGCAUAGCUUUCUGUCAGCAUGGCUGCGGCUUGCUGGCUGCUCUAUCCAGCCCAAACAAAGGGACUACUAAGGCCUCCCAUCCUCACACAGACCAAGGAUCCCCUCCCCUAGGUCCCUCUAACCAUCCUCACCCAGCCUGUCCUCCAGGCUUGUCUUUAUCCUGUUCUAGAUAUGUACUGUCCUGUAGCCUGACAUUCUACUGCUUCUAGCUGUAUUGUGCUGUCCUUUCAGAUCCGUGUGCAGGCCUACACCUUGCUCCAUAAAUGUACUCUGUGUGAGUGUGUGUGUGUGUUUCUCUAUCGCCUCUGGGCUUGUGUAUCUAUCACCUCUGUGCUUUAUAGGCGAGGGCAUCACUGGUCAAGUAGAUAAGACACUGUGCACACACACUAGACCCAGCAGCAGCUGGUUGUAACCCAAAAUGCCAAUCUCCUGUCCUGUGAACCUUAUCCAUGCAUCUUUCAUGAGGUAGCAGGGGCCCCUCUGUUGAUGCUCUACUGAAGCUACGUUUAACACCGUCCAAUUAAACAGACUAAGACCCUGCCCAUCCCUUUCUCUCUCACUUCUUCUGUGUGUGUAAAGGACUUGGAGUAGUGUGGUGUGUGUAAAGGACUUGGAGUAGUGUGGUGUGUGUGAAGGACUUGGAGUAGUCUGUGUGAAGGACUUGGAGUAGUGUGUGUGUGUGUGUGUGAACAACUUGGAGUAGUGUGUGUGUGAAGGACUUGGAGUAGUGUGGUGUGUGUGAAGGACUUGGAGUAGUGUGGUGUGUGUGUGAAGGACUUGGAGUAGUGUGGUGUGUGUGUGUGUCGAGGCCUCUCCGUCUGGCCCAUGUUUAUCUCUCUCAUUCUCGCUCUCUCUGCCGACCAGAGUCUUGAAUCUGCCCACCAGAUCACAAAGCAUCCUGGGAUAUUCCCCAGCCAAUUGGCUGGCUCUGAGCCAGCCAGCGUCUCUAUCUGGCUAAUGACCUGUCAAUCACUGGGUGGGGACAGGCCCAAAAACCAGGCCUCCUCUCCCAUCCAUCACUUUUACUGUGGACACUAUUACUCCCCAUUGUUCCAUCACAGGACACACACACAGGCAGGCAGCCUUUUGUUGGAAGGUUGUGACGAUUAGUUCCUGGUUUCAUUAACUUUAUUGCUUUAAAAGCAUUUUGGUGUCAUCAUAUGUCAUUCCUCUGAUCUACUGAUCUAUGGAUGGUAGAUUAUUAUAGAUUUACUCAGAGACCUCCUCUGGGUUUCUGGCCUUCUGAUUGGUGCCUUGGGGAUUCUACCGAGGAGGUUCUGUUCUCUGAUUGGCUUGGUGAUUCUAAUCCGAGGGACCACUCUCACACUCUGCUGCUGGGCAUCUGUUGGCUCUGAGGCAUGACAGAUGACCAUGCAUCCCAGCCUUUGUUCGUCUAGGCAGGGCCAUUCACCAUCUGUAGUACACACACACACACACUGGGUUGAUGUGCCCGCUGUGCUAGCUCGUAAAGAGUCAGGAUUAGCCAGGGGCAAGCCCAUCAAAACAGACCAGAGCCCAAACCUACAUUUAUCACAUUUGUGUGUGUGUGGGGGGGGGGACCUUCCAGUGCUUUGUGUACACUCAGAGAAAAACAAGGCUGCACUAAUAACAACCAACAACCAUGACUAGAGACGGAGAGAGGCUAGAUUGUGCAGAGAGCAGGGGCAGUAGUAGACAGACAGUAGAGGUGUGUGUAGUGUGGAGAGGCUAGUUAGCUAGACCAUGGUAGACCUAAUCUGUGUGUUAGCUUGUUACGCCUAUGUGUGCAUGAUCUAGGCCUAUUCUAGUGAGUGUGAGUUUCUGUGCGCUUCGGUGAGUGUGUGUGAGUGAAUGCCUGUGUACCGGUAGUAUGUGUCUCUGAGUAAUGAUCAGUGGUGCUGGCUGCCUCUCUCUGAGGCUUUGCCCUCUGAUCUAUGAUCUGGGCUCUCUACACCACUGAUCUGGUUCAUAGAGAGCACAACAUGAUGUCAAUCCUCUUAAUGAGAUGACAGCUCUCUAAGGCAGAGUUACACGAGUGUGUGAAGCGCAUGUCUCCCCGAGAGUGUAACACACACACAAGUAUUCAGACCCCUUGGAUUUCUUCACAUUUGAUUGUGUUACAGAGUGGGUUGAAAAUGGAUUUAUACCACAGCGUUGUUGAAUACUCGUUUCUGAUUGGCUAGAAGGGCAUUCUAGAAUGGACAUUAAAACCAGAUAACGGGACAGUUAGAAAAGGUGUCGGCACAUUGCAUGAUGCAAUAUGCGCCUACACAUGCAGACCGUACUUGCUACAGGUCCAACGAAGAAAGAACUUUGCUAGCUAGCUAGCAUUGAUUUAUUUUUGCAGAGACAUAUUUUUUGGGGGGAGCAUCUGAUGACCUAACGUGGUGAGUGAUAAACCAGCUGUUUUCAGCAACUGAUAUUUUUGAAUUUGGUUGUCAUAUUGGCAGGUUGGCUAGCAACAAACUAUUUAGCUAGCUUCUAGCCUAGUGUUUGAUAUGCAAUGCAAUCUCCUCGUAAUUAACAGUCAGUGUUGACGAGUGUCCUGAUAAGGCAAACUUUUCUAGCUAUGCCAGGCAAUAUCGGGCAUUAUCAGCUUAUUGUUAUGGAUGUAUCCAAGUGAAUGUCAAUAGAAAACAGCUACUUUGCUGUUAUUCUGACUGCAGAGGUCGUGACUGUGUAGCCGUAGUUAGUUGGUUAGCUAGCAGCAAGCAAGGGAUAAGAACGUUAACUGAGCAUGGCAACAAAACAUACAGAACGAAGGACUGAGUAGUGUCUCUAGCAACCAAAAGAUGGGAAAGUAUGAAUUUGCAUAUAAAAAUGAAAAUAUUUACUUCUUUAUUUUCUACCGGUACAUGUGUGCUUUCAUAUUGUUUUCUUUGGCAACUGUGGUAUAAGCAGGAUAAACGCCUCCGUUUUGUACGUUACCUUGGAAGAAAUGAACUCCGCAAAGGGACUCGGCUCCACCUCGUUCCGCUGCGUCGUCCAUUAUUUCCAAGGUAAUGUACAGAACUUCAGCGUUUAUCCCUUAAUUGUCAUUUUUUGUAAACAAUCUUCACAAAAUACUCUGUCAAAAUGGAAGCUUACUUAUUUAUUUUAUUUUUUCAAGAUUCAUACAAAUUAAAGAAAUAAAAUAUAGUUGUUGCGUAAAUAUUCGGCUCCCUGAGUCUAUACAUGUUGGAAACAACUUUAGUGUUUAGCUUUAGACCCCUGGAUUGUGCAAUAUUUGCCUAUUAUUAUUUUCAUAAUAAUUGUUCAAGCUCUGUCAAGAUGUUGGGGAUCAUGGCUAGACAGCAAUGUUCAAGUCUUGCCAUUAGUAUUUCAAGCAGAUUUAAGUCAACUUUAACUUCGCCACUUAGGAACGUUCCCUGUCUUCUUGGUAAUCAACUCCAGUGUAAAUUUGGCCUUGUUGUAGGUUAUCGUCCUGCUGAAAGGCGAAUUCUCUGCCAGUGUCUGGUGUAAAGCAGACUGAAGCAGGUUUUCCUUUAGGAUUUUGCUUGUGCUUAGCCCUAACCCGCUUUCUUUUUAUCAUGAAAAACUCCCCAGUAUUUGCUGCUGUCAAGCAAACCCAUACCAUGAUGCAGCCACCACCAUGCUUGAAAAUAAGGAAGCAGUUACUCAGUGACGUGUUGGAUUUGCCCCAAACAGAAGGCUUUGCAUUUAGGCCAAAAAGUGUAUUCAUUUGCCAUGUUUUUUUUGCAGUAUUACUGUAGUGCCUUGUUGCAUACAAGAUGCAUGUUUUGUAAUAAUUGUAUUUUGUUCUUUUCACUCUCAUUUAGGUCAUUAUUGUGGAGUCACUCCAAUGUUGUUGAUCGAUCCUCAGUUUUCUCCCAUCCCAGCCGUUGAACACUAGCCAGCUAUCUGAACUUGUAGUAAUCAUGGUCAAAUUACCGAUAGGGGGCCCCCAUUUGAUUGUGUUAGUCACUGUCACUCAGAUAUCAUAUUAAAAACGGCAAACAUUGCUCUCCACCCUAUGGCAAAAUGUGUAGAAUUGCCGGAAAUAAGCUGUUAAACUGCCACUGUGCCCCUCCAUGAUUUCUGAUUUUUUUGUGGCACCCACUCCCAUCAAAGUUACCCAUCCCUGAACUAGACCAUGCUAAAAGAGCUAUUCAAUGUAUGAUUUAGUGUUACCCAUCUACCAAUCACUGCCCUUCUUUAUGAGGCUUUCCAAAAGAUCCCUGGUCGUUGUAGUUGAAUCUGUGCUUGAAAUUCAAUACUUGACUGAGGGACCUUACAGAUAAUAUAUGCAUGGGGGACAGUGGACGGGUUAGUCAUUUAAAAAUAAUUAUUUUACAGAGUGAGCCCAUGUUACUUUUUGUGAUUUGUUAAACCAAAUUCUAUUCCUGAACUAAUUUAGGCUUGCAUAAACAAAACGGCUGAAUACUUAUGCAACGACUAUAUUUUAGUUAUUUAAUUUUUUAUUAAUCUUAACAAAUAAUUAAUAAUUUUUCUUCCACUUUGACAUAAGAGUAUUGUUGACAAAAAAUGACAAAUCCAUUUUAAUCCCACUUUGUAACACAAUAAAAUGUGAAGAAAUACAAGGGGUCUGAAUACUGAAUAUACACCCUUCAUCACACACACACACAUCACACACAUCACACCACACACAUCACAUGUCUGAACAGCAGCACAACGUCACCAAACACCAUUUGAUCAUGGUAGCAUCAAAGCAGCUCGUCUCCAUAAGCAGCUCUGCAAUGUGAUGAUGAUGCUGCUGCUGCUGCUUAGAGAGAACAUGCUGCAUAGUGCGCACUCACUAUUCUGUUUCAUGUCUCUCCUGCUUCCACAGGAUGAGGUUGGCUGGAAGGUGUCUCUACAUGGGCCUGGUAAAGCAGUGAGGUGUGUGCGUGGCAGGUUCAGACAGUAGAGGAACUGGACGUAGUAGGGGUGUAGUACAGUGGAAUGGUAGAGGGGUAGAGAGAUGGUUAGUCUAUGCUUCUCUGUCUCGUCCUGCUCAGUGAGACUGGGGCCGGCAGGCUAGGCGUUAGUCAGUCAAGGGGAAACUAGAGAGAGGGAGGGGGGAGGGGGAACGUCAUCUGACACAGCCCUGGCUUGCACCCUCAGGGGGUCAGUCAGAACAGCACUGGCGCAUCAGCAUCCACGCCCUCCUCUCCUCCCUCAACAUCCCCACUAUUAAAUAUAGAAACGCAGAGGAGAGGAGAGGACAAGCCUGUGUGUGAGAGUUAAUGUCUGUAAGGGUGUGCGUGUCAGUGUGUCUAUUUAUGAUCGUGUGUGUGCGCUCACGCCUGCGUGUGUGUCCGUCUCCAGCAUAGCGGCUUAUUGCAUGUGAAACGGUGUGUGGUGAGUCACUGCUCUCAUGGUCUGUUUCCCUAGCUGUGGAGGACCUGCCUCUCUCCCAACCCUCCUCUCCCCCUGCCCCGCCUGUCUCCCCCUGCCCCGCCUGUCUCCCCCUGCCCCGCCUGUCUCCCCCUGCCCCGCCUGUCUCCCCCUGCCCCGCCUGUCUCCCCCUGCCCCGCCUGUCUCCCCCUUCCCCGCCUGUCUCCCCCUACCCCGCCUGUCUCCCCCUGCCCCGCCUGUCUUCCCCGCCUGUCUCCCCGUACCCCGCCUGUCUCCCCCUGCCCCGCCUGUCUGCCCCGCCUGUCUCCCCCUGCCCCGCCUGUCUGCCCCGCCUGUCUCCCCUGCCCCGCCUGUCUGCCUCUCUCCCUCUCUCUCUCCCUGCCCCUCCCUUUCCCUGGGCCUGAAACCGAUGGAGAGAUGCAGUGAGAGAGACACUCCCUCUGCUAGUAACUGUAAAACUCUGGUUCCAGUCAUAUCAGCCAGCGGCCUGAUCUAUAGCUGAUCUAAUAGGACAUUAAAAGCCUCAGGAAGGGGGAGGGAGAGUUACUGCUGACACUGAGGAAUAGUAUAGGGUCUGACUGGCAGGCUGCAUGGGAACCAGAGAGGGUGAAACAGUGGGGGGGAAGUGGAUUUUUCUACCCAGGGAAGAGGGCUCGAGGGUUGGGGUGCAGGGGGGUGCGGUUGCAGCGUUGACAGGGGUAGCUGUGUUUUGACUGGAGCUCUGGUGCAAUGCAGAAGGUUAGGAGGGGUGCUGGAAGGAAUCAACAGCAGCAUCUCUCUUGAAGAGCUGAGGGGGGAGGGGCUGGAGCAGAGAGUUAAUGAUAAUGAGGUGUUGGCGUGACUGUCUUUAGAGCACUAGCCUGCCUUGCCUGUCUACUGAUGAUCACAAUCACACUUCAUGGCUCUCACUCUCUUUCUCCUCUUUUUCUCUAUCUGCUUCUCUUUCUGCUUCUGUCUCUCUCAAUCUUUCUCUCUGCUUCUUUUAGGCCUGUAUUUUUCUGCUUCUCUCUGUCUCUCUCUCGUUCAUAUCAGCCUACAUCUAACGUCUGCCUUUCAGCCUCUCUCUACUCUCCAUCAUCUCUUGCACAUGUCAUUGAGUGUGGUGGUACUGGCUGUAUAGUGUCUAGCCCGGGGCUCUCCAACCCUGUUCCUGGAGAGCUACCGUCCUGUAGGUUUUAACUCCAACCCUGUUCCUGGAGAGCUACCGUCCUGCAGGUUUUAACUCCAACCCUGUUCCUGGAGAGCUACCGUCCUGUAGGUUUUAACUCCAACCCUGUUCCUGGAGAGCUACUAUCCUGUAGGUUUUAACUCCAACCCUGUUCCUGGAGAGCUACCGUCCUGUAGGUUUUAACUCCAACCCUGUUCCUGGAGAGCUACUAUCCUGUAGGUUUUAACUCCAACCCUGUUCCUGGAGAGCUACCGUCCUGCAGGUUUUAACUCCAACCCUGUUCCUGGAGAGCUACCGUCCUGUAGGUUUUAACUCCAACCCUGUUCCUGGAGAGCUACUAUCCUGUAGGUUUUAACUCCAACCCUGUUCCUGGAGAGCUACCGUCCUGCAGGUUUUUACUCCAACCCUGUUCCUGGAGAGCUACCGUCCUGCAGGUUUUAACUCCAACCCUGUCCCUGGAGAGCUACCGUCCUGCAGGUUUUAACUCCAACCCUGUUCCUGGAGAGCUACCGUCCUGUAGGUUUUCACUCCAACCCUAAUCUAGCAUACCUGAUUCCAAUAAUUAUCUGGUUGAUAAACUGAAUCAGGUUAAUUACAACUGGGGUUGGAGUGAGAACCUACAGGAGGGUAGCUCUCCAGGUACAGGGUUGGAGUAAAAACCUACAGGAGGGUAGCUCUCCGGGAACAGGGUUGGAGUAAAAACCCUACAGGAGGGUAGUUCUCCAGGUACAGGGUUGGAGUAAAAACAUACAGGAGGGUAGCUCUCCAGGAACAGGGUUGGAGAGCCCUAGCUAGCCUGUCUGUGUUAUCAGGCCCCAGUCUGAAUGUGAUUCUCCUGCGCCUGUCAGUCACUAUUAGACCCCGCCCCUCUCCAUUAGAUCCCAUUCAUCCCAGUGUGAUAAGCCCCGCACACGCCAGACCGAAUGAGAACAGAGCUUACUGUAUGUGGCCCUGAAUGUCCAGCUUACUGCUCCGUCAUCACAAUCCUCCCCGGGCUUCUAAGGCCAUGCAGCGACAUAGACUGUGUGUGUGCCCUAUUUCAGUGAUAUGAUGAUAUAACUGCUCUCUUAUCACCCCCAUGGCAGUCAUACCAUUGUAGGUGGACAAUAGCCUAGUCUUCUCUCACAGUGUGUCUGGUCCUUCUAUGAUGAGGUGUUUGUAGUGGCUGCAGCCUGCCGGCAGCAUUACUCUGGGCUCUGUGGAGAUGACAUGGGAGGGAAAUCGGAUAGCUGUCAGUGAGUGCAUCUCUUCUCCAGACACUCCCCCUGCUGGCCAGAACUGCAAGGUGCAGCUCUUUCACCAUGCUGUCAUAUGGCACCCGGUGAUCUGCCCGUCACUGUAGCAAGUGUUUCCCAAAUAUAUGUUUUCUUACUUGUGAGGGAGAAAAGCCUUAGGAAGCAACAUCCAGUGACUCAAACACCACAACAUUCAAGCAAAACCAACAAAGGCUUCAAUUUGUUUGAGGUGGGGAGCCAUAGCUAGGCAGGGUCACUGCUAAAUGACUAAGUUAUAGCAGGGGAAAAAAGCAGCCUCCUCAAUGCCACAUUGGUGGACAGAUAGAAAGCCAGUAAAUGCGUAAACAUUACACUGUGGCCUGUCUCUGAGUCAUGAGUGUUUCUCACAGUGACUGUUCCCUCUCCUAACCAGUCACACUGUUUCAUAGUGAUAUAAUGUGGAGGAAGUGAAACUGAGACCAGGCUGGAUCUUUUAUGACCCCUUUACAAUGGUUCUCCAUGCUGUCGUAAUGGUGUCGGGUUGUUUCAUUGUGUUGCUGUUCGUCAGGUGACUGUAGCCUACCUUUUGUGUGGAGGUGUUCUUUGCUGUAGGCCUAAUACCUUGGCUAGGUCGUGUGUAUCAAUGAGCGUCAUGUCCUGGUUACUUUAGGUGGUUACUGUGUUCUCACUCCCCAGCACUAUUUUCUUACUCAGAUUUCUAGAAACAUGGUUGAAAUGGAUACUAAGCUGCGGCUUAGUCUUUUGUUUUGCUCCUGCUCUAUUCCACCUUUAUUUCCUCUCCCUCUCUUCCUCUGCCCAGCGGGUGACUUAGUGACAAGCCUGUGUCCUGAUGGCUUUGAAUAGACCUCUUUCUCUCUCUCUCUCUCUCUCUCUCUCUCUCUCUCUCUCUCUCUCUCUCUCUCUCUCUCUCUCUCCUGUAUUCAUUCCAUGUCUCACUCCAGUUCGUCAUCACUACAGUACAGAGCUCCUCCAUAUGGUUGCUCUGUCAGUCCCAUCAGCUUCAGGCAGGGCUAUGGGACUGUCUUCGGUCGUCAGAGCAGCAUCAGGGCUAUGGGACUGUCUUCGGUCGUCAGAGCAGCAUCAGGGCUAUGGGACUGUCUUCGGUCGUCAGAGCAUUAUCAGGGCUAAGGGACUGUCUUCGGUCGUGUGUCUCUCUGCUCCCUUUCUCUCUCCUUUUUUCUCUCUGCUGCCAGAGAAAACUCCAGAAUAUUUCUUCAUACAGCACAUCUCUACUCUCUGUACUCCUGAGCUCCAACACACGUUAACACAUCUUCUCUUCUCCAUCUUUCUUUCUCUCUCUAUCUCUCUGUUCCCCUUUCUGUUUCCAUCUCUCUGGCUGGCUGGCUGGCUGUCUGUAUGUCGCUCGCUUGCGCUCUUGCUGUCUCUCUUUCUCACACACACAACACCCCCCCCCCCCCCCCCCCCCCCUCCCCUCACCACGUCUCUCUCUCCUCUCGCUGUGGCCUCAGGCCCUGCAGAGCUCAGUGUGGCAGCUCCACUAAAGACAAGGCAUUCUAAUGGUUCUGUAAAUCCCUCGAUCAUCUCUAGCAUCACACUCACACACUCCAGCCGCUGUCAGUGUGUCAAAGAUGCUUCCUCCCACCAUGCAUGAAUCCAAUCAGGAGCAUGGUGUACUGCGUGGAGAAGCAGAAUGUGUGCUCUAUAUAUCGGACCACAUGGGGUUUCUCAAAGGACCCAACCAUCACUACUCUGUCUGCCUUCAUCUUAGGGCUGUUACAGUGACUGUAUUACCACCACACCGGCGGUCACGAGUCAUGACCGCAGUCAAAUUCCACAUGAAGGUUUAGUCUUGGUAACUAGGCUUUUCCAAAACUGCGCUCUGAUGCCGCUGAUGGUCAUUAGUAGCCUACCAAACUUGCUAACUGCCAUUCGCUAAUGGCCUGGUACUCAGCGUUCUAUUGUCCCUCUAAUCACUCUGACAUAAAUGCAGUCCAAAAUCAAAUCAAACACUUCAUGAGAGCCCAUGAGCUCAUGUUGCGCAAUAUUUCUAAUUACGUGAUAAAACUGAGUUUUGAUGGCCUCUAUUAAAAAGAGGAUCUGUUCAGCUUUCUAUAGGCUAGGCCUACUAUAUUUAUUAAUUAAUAUUAAACACAGUGCUUCCUUUACAACAGGAAUAGCCUAUCUGGCUGGCAUGAAAAUGAACUGUGGGAAAGCGUCUUCCAUUCGCUAUUUAAGUGCAUACGAUGACAUGUAUUUUUUCCCGUGCACCUGUUCUGACAGGUGAAUGAUAAUGGUCCAUUCUAAAUCAAAACUACUUUCACACACAGGCCUAUAUUAUUUAGUAUAUGUAAAGACAAGAUUAAAUUGAGAAUAGUCUGAUGGGUGACAAUAUUAUCACUUGAGAAUUAUGUAUUGUGUGUGCAAUCUAUGACAAAAAACAGCGCAUGCCUUUUUUUCCGACUUUAUCAAAUCAUAGUCGUGCACAUCAUGUAGCCUAGCCCAUGAGCCUAUAUGUUUUGAUAAGGUUUGUAUCACAACUAAAUGGCCAGAAAAUUCCAAACCUACAUGCCUAGGACGUCUGGAACACGGUUGGAGAGCACAUAGCCUACAGAGCCUAGUGAAACGUGUUCCUAUAAGCCCAGUCAUUGCCCAAUCGCAAUCGAGUUUUGACUGGCCACUAUUUAAAAGAGGAUCCCAGCUUUUUCGUGCUGCUAUAUUUAUUGUUAAAAUGAAGAACAUUAAUCCACUUUACAACCGGUGUAGCAUACUUGGCAUACAUAGGUGGUGCGCGAGUUUCAAGUUUGGGGAAGCUAAUUUUCACUGUAAAAAUGCACCCUUAUAAUAAAGCAUUCCGUGCAUCAUCGCAUUUGCAGACCUACUAUUCGUAAUGUGAUGAGUAGAUUGGAUAGUCAUAAUUUAGGCUAAUCAAAUAACUAAAUCACUGUAUGCAAAGAAAGACCGUUCGGUGCAUGGCUGAGCGCGUGUAGAGUAGACCUAGGCUAUAUCAGAUAUGUUUCUUCUUUCUUUGCAUGAGAAAAAUGUGGCCUUUUAUAAACACAUUUCAUGCAAUUCUACUACACUUUAUAUGACUGGAGACGUUAGCAGAAUCUUUUUUUAAUUGGUCAAAUUACAGUUAGCCUACUCUACUGACAAAGACAAACGGAUCAGUAAAAACAACAUUGUCCAUAUAAUAGGCCUAGAAGAAGGGGAGACACAAAUAGAAUAUGACGUCCAUCUCAAACUGGAGGAGGAAAUUAUUGUCCCCCCCCCCAAAACAUUUUUAAAUUAAGUAUGUAUGCGCAGUUCGCACUCACCGGGGAUAUUGCUGAUGCUCUCCGCUGGUGCCAAUAAGAUGUUGAGAAUUUUGAUAACUAAAAGACAUUAGUCUUUUCAUUGUCUUCUCUUUACAGCAAUAACCAUUUGCUUUCCAAACUAUGUUUUCCUGUGAUUGUAUUUUGAAAUGUUGCAAUAUGCCUGGCUUGGCCUCUCUACUUUUCACAGACAGUCGCAACUAAACAAUAAUCUGGCCAAAUUGCGCGCGCUGCCUUUCCUUCCGACUGUAGGCAAUAUAUUUUUAAAUAUAAAAAUUAAAAAAUAAGCUAAUGAUCCUCUGUGGCCAAAUCAUGCUUUAGUUGCCUAUUUUGAAUUAUUACAUUUAUUUUUGUAUAGACAGGAGUAGGCUAAAUUUAAUUACAUUUACUUUAGGUAAAUCUUCCACUAGCCUUAUGGACGCGCUGCCUAUGCUUGCAUUUUAAAAACGUUACAGCACAUAACCUCCAUUUGCUAUUCGAGUGCAGGCUACGAUGACAUAAACAUUUUAUGUGGGCCAUUCUAAAUCAAAAAUAAUUCCACACAUACCCUAUAUUAGUAUGCUAUAUGUAAAGAACAUAUUACAUUAAAAAUAGUCUGAUGGGUGACAAUAUUGUCAAGUGCUUGUCAAUUUGUGAAUGAGAUACUGAAGUGUGUGCAGCCUGCGCAAGAAAUGGAGCAGAGCUCAUGUCUUUCAUCAUUAGUGGCAUCAUGCAGCCUUAGAAUGUAUUACAAAUCUAAAUAUAUAGCCUAACAUUUCUAUCACAACUAAAGAUGCAUAAAUGACCUAUUUCUUUGUUAACCGCUCAACACAGAAUAGCAGUCUCUUGGAAAUUGUUUGGGGUAAAUAUCCUUUCUAUUUUAUUCAGCUAUGUGCAAUUGUAGGCCUAUUCUUCAUACUAUAAAAUAAUAUCAAAUAAUGCCACGGAAUUCAAAUCUGUGUAUAGCCCACAGCCAUAUGGCAUAGCUAGCUCAGGGCCUAACAUAAGGACAACUCAGAAGAUGCUAUUCUGUUCUUCUGAAAUAGGCUACAUUUUCUUCAUAUCAUGUUUCUUUAGACCUGUCUAAAAUAAUGGAUAUAUUGUGAUGGUGUAGGCUAUAUUUAAUGGAUUUAUUCGACUUUUUAAAAAAUGUAGAUGUUCCCAAGGUCCUCAUCAGUGGCUUGUAGGCUAUGCGUGGAAGCCAGGAGAUGCUAAAUGUGUUUAUGUUAAUAAACAGUAAAUUACCGUGAGACUGGCAGUUAUUUGCAUUACAAUCACUGGUUGACAAUGUCAUGAUCACCACAGCCCUACUUCAUCUCAAUAUUUAUUGGAGAGUGCAAGGUUGUGUCCCAAAUUACACCUUAUUUUCUACAUAGUGCACUACUUUUGACCAGAGCCCUAUGUAGGGAACAGUGGGACGCAGCCUCAGUGUUCCUCCUAAACGAUCUGAUCACAUGACUGUGUGUAUGUGUGUCUGCCCAAGCCAGCAGGGAGAUCUCUUUACGCCAGCCUCCCUCUCUGUAUAGGUUUCCAUCUGCCUCUCAAUGCUCAGAAGAUGUCGAUGUAUAUUCCCUUUUUAUUCUGACUCUCUCAUCCCUUCUCUCUCUCUCCCUCCCUCUCUUUCCCUUCUCUCUCUCUCCCUCCCUCUCUUUCCCUUCUCUCUCUCUCCCUCCCUCUCUUUCCCUUCUCUCUCUCUCCCUCCCUCUCUUUCCCUUCUCUCGCUCUCCUCUCUCGCGCUCGCUCUCCCUCUCCUCUCUCGCGCUCGCUCUCCCUCUCGCCCCCUGCAGGCCAAGUCGUGUAUCUGUCACAUGUGCGGCGCCCACCUGAACCGGCUCCACUCCUGCCUGUCCUGUGUCUUCUUCGGCUGCUUCACCAAGAAACACAUCCACGAGCACGGCAAAAACAAACGACACAACCUAGGUAAGAUGUGCACGUGCUAGCUUAUGUUGUCAUGUCCACUAAACUAGCACACUGCCUCACACACACACACACACACACACAGUGAAGAAGAUACAAUUGACAUCACUGCAGAACAUUCUCUAGCUCCAAGCUGUGCUGCACACACACACAAACAUACGCACACACCAAAAUACAAUUCAGGCCUCUCUUUCUGAGACAUUGAGCAGAACCCAUCUUUCCCAGUAGCAUUAACAAUCUACUGGGAGCCAGUGCUUAGUCUUAGCCAGACAAAUGUCAUUCUCUAAGCCUCUCUGUUCCCAAGUCAGCUAUGUGGGAGGGCUAGACAUGUUUAGUCCUGAACCACAUUGAAUAGGGAUGACCCUGUGAUUCUUACAUGGUAAUUAUCAAAGUAUAAUAUUUUCUAUUUAGUGCACUACAUUUGAGCAGGGCCCACAGGGCUCUGGUAAAAAGUAGUGCACUGUGAAGGGAAUAGGGUGCCGUUUGGGUGUGAUGGGGAUUAGAAGGUUGUUCUGGGGGGGUGUCACAGUAAGGUUUUGAUCUAUACGCACACACCCUCUGACACAUACACUGAGCCAUGUCGGUCGCUCCUGUCAUCAAGCCCCACUCCUAUCUGCCCCUCAGCCCCCCAGAGUACUGCUACAGUGUUAAUUAGGUUAGGGCUUUCCACGGGAGCACACACACAUAUUCACACACUCACUGUGCCAUUGCACCAUUAAUCAACUUAACCCCUGACUCCCAGCUGUUCCUCUGGAUUCCUUCACUUCCUUCAUCAUCCCCCUCUCCUGUCUGUCAGGUUUAUUUUUAACUUCCUCUGUGUGAUGUACACAGAACUCUUUCUCUCCUUCUUUCUGGUUCCAUGGUUACUGCAUCAGUCCAAGGGCUUUCUCAGUGCAUGCCUGUUGCCAUUGGACACAGAGAUGAUGAGCUUCUUCUAGCUAGCUCCUCUCUCAUCUUAUGGAUAACGCACACCAUGAGAUGAGAUGAACGCGCAUGCACAAACACGCUCCAUUCACAUUUUCUGUAUAGAUUUUUAGGACAAUCCAUCAAUUGUCCCUUUUCAAUUGAAGUUAGACGUAUCAUAUUCAUGAGUUGCAUGUUUCGUCACAAUAUUGUUUUGAACGUUUGUUUUGGACUGAUGCCCGGCUGAGCAUUCUUCUCAAUGCAUCAUUAAUGAGCGGUGAUGACGAUUUCAUCAAAAGGGCAUUACAGUGGCUUGGAAAUACUAUGACAUUAAAAAUGAGGCAAAUAAUUAGUAAGAAAACCUUUUGUCAUCAAUUUGAUGUUACCAGAUUGACUUUAGAUGCAGUAUAACGUUAGCUAGCUAGCUAAGAUUGAGGGCAGGCCACAGGAUUUUAGCUAGCUAAUGUUAUCGUUGCUAGUUAUUUUGACAAACUUUGCUAGCUAAUGACAACGUUGCCAUCUGUCUAAAGUAAAUUUGACGACAUGAUAAUGCUGGCAAAGUUGUUUCCUACUAAAUAUUUGACUACUUUAGCAAUGUCAUCGUAUUUCCAGGCACUAUAGUGUAAUUUAGAAAAAAUAGUAGUCAGCGUCCGUCCAGAAUGACUGGGCUUAUCACCACGGCUUGAGAACGUUCAUAACAAUGGCAUGAGGCGACCAAGCGACUUGGUGCAACCUAUGAAUAAAUUGGUUGUCACGGCAACAGAAGAACCCAGGUAUUGUUACCAUGGUGUUGGAGAACAUAGGCUAGUGGAAAGAGCAGGGGGGUUAGAUGUGAUGGACACACACACACAGUCCCACAAAAAAACAUACUCUGACACACACACACACACCUUCCCUAUGUGAUAGUUCUCUAAUUCUCCAAUGCAAGCGGCAAUAAGAUGGAAUGACACAAAGCUCAAAUCAAUAGAGCUGAGAGUAGUGGAACACACACACACACACACUCACUGGCCACAUCAAUGACGAGGUUAGACGUUAAAUAAACGAAGCUAUUGUUCUGUAGGAAAUAUCUAUUUCUAAUUAUUGUGUAUUCUUUUUUCUUUUUUUCUCUCUCUCUCUCUUUUUGUUUGUUUGUUUCUCCCUUCCAGCAAUAGACUUAUUAUAUGGUGGAAUAUAUUGUUUUGUGUGUCAAGACUACAUAUACGACAAAGAGAUGGAACAGAUUGCCAAAGAAGAACAGAGGAAAGCCUGGAAAUUGCAAGGUACGGUGUUAUUGGUCUCCAGCAAUUCAGGCAACACUACUUUUGUGUCUAUUUUUCCAUUAUCUCUAGUCCACCAAAAAAAGUCUAAUUGAUUUAUAUUCCUUCAUGUAUUUUAGCCUGUAUUUAUUUAACCUUUCUGAUACAGAUCACAAUGUGGGGAGCUAUGAUAAACUGCAUUUAGUGAUUUUAAAGUAGUGGCAGCUGCAUUCACAUACACUAUGUAUACAAAAGUAUGUGGACACCCCUUCAAAUUAGUGGAUUCGGCUAUUUACAUUUAUUUCAACCACACUCGUUGCUGACAGGUAUAUAAAAUCGAGCACACAGCCAUGCAAUCUCCAUAAACAAACAUUGGCAGUAGAAUGGCCUUACUGAAGAGCUCAGUGACUUUCAUUGUGGCACUGUCAUUUUUAUUUAUUUUUAUUUUAUUUCACCUUUAUUUAACCAGGUAAGCCAGUUGAGAACAAGUUCUCAUUUACAACUGCGACCUGGCCAAGAUAAAGCAAAGCAGUGCGAUAAAAAAACAACAACAACACAGUUACAUAUGGGGUAAACAAAACGUACAGUCAAAAAUACCACAGAAAAUCUAUAUACAGUGUGUGCAAAUGUAGCAAGUUAUGGAGGUAAGGCAAUAAAUAGGCCAUAGUGCAAAAUAGUUACAAUUUCGUAUUAACACUGGAAUGAUAGAUGUGCAAAAGAUGAUGUGCAAAUAGAGAUACUGGGGUGCAAAUUAGCAAAAUAAAUAACAAUAUGGGGAUGAGAUAGUUGGAUGGGCUAAUUACAGAUGGGCUGUGUACAGGUGCAGUGAUCGGUAAGCUGCUCUGACAACUGACGCCUAAAGUCAUAGGAUGCCACCUUUCCAACAAGUCAGUUCGUCAAACUUCUGACCUGUUAGAGCUGCCCCAGUCAACUGUAAGUGCUGUUAUUGUGAAGUGGAAAUGUCUAGGAGUAACAACGUGUGGUAGGCCAUACAAGCUCACAGAAAGGGACCGCCGAGUGCUGAAGUGCAUAGCGCGUAAAAAUUGUCUCACUACCGAGUUCCAAACUGCCUCUGGAAGCAACGUCAGCACAAUAACUGUUUGUCGGGAGCUUCAUGAAAUGGGUUUCCAUGGCCGAGCAGCCGCACACAAGCCUAAGAUCACCAUGCCUAAUGCCAAACGUUGUCUGGAGUGGUGUAAAGCUCGCCGCCAUUGGACUCUGGAGCAGUGGAAACGUGUUCUCUGGAGUGAUGAAUCACGCUUCACCAUCUGGCAGUCCGAUGGACGAAUCUGGGUUUGACAGAUGCCAGGAGAACGCUACCUGCCCCAAUGCAUAGUGCCAACUGUAAAGUUUGGUGGAGGAGGAAUACGGGUCUGGGGCUGUUUUUCAUGGUUCGGGCUAGGCCCCUUAGUUCCAGUGAAGGGAAAUCUUAACACUACAGCAUACAAUUACAUUCUAGAUGAUUCUGUGCUUCCAACUUUGAUGCAAAUGUUUGGGGAAGGCCCUUUCCUGUUUCAGCAUGACAAUGCCCCUGUGCACAAAGCAAAGUCCAUACAGAAAUGGUUUGUCGAGAUCAGUGUGGAAGAACUUGACUGGCCUGCACAGAGCCCUGACCUCAACCCCAUCGAACACCUUUGGAAUUAAUUGGUCACCAAAAGCUCAGUUCUUGUGACUACUUUCCCCAAAAUGAAUGAUGAUGAAGUUAUGCUAACACCAUAUUGGUAAAAUUAUUUGUUUAAAUUAUGUUAACAUAUAGCCUAUGCAUGGUCCAUAUUAUCAGGUAUGCUAUUUGCAAUAAGAAUUAUAACCUGUAGCCCAACUGAUGCAGCAUAGUGGCUAUAAAUAAAUAGGCUGAAGCAUGGGGUUGCCUAUCUGCAUUUACCCUAUUGGGCUAAUCAUUAGCUAGAUCCCAAAUGUUUUUUUUACUAGUUAGCAUCUGAUGAAUUAAACAAAGUUAAUAUAAUGUAGCCCUACCUGUUAGGGUAACUUGGGCUAAACCACCAUCCAGGAUAACACUGCCUGCACUUCUCACAGAAACCAUUUCAUGUUACCAUUCCCCCCCCCUCCAGCACUUUCCCUGGUUACCACUACUCCUGCUCAACAAACAAUGUAAUCUAUCUCAUUACAAUUUUAGUCAAUCCAAACAAUGAUUUUGAGGUAGGGUGUUGUUUUACCCCAAGUUACUCUGCAAUUUCCCUGUGUUACAUUUAGCCCCACUCUCACCUAUGCACUCACAGCGAAUUGCAGACUAGUAAUGUUCGUAAUCAUGGCGCUGCUAAAACCUCUGGGUUUAAAAAGAUGCAGUUUGCAUAUAUUUUAGAAAUAAAGUAGGAAUGGAAAGCUGGGAUCCCCCUCUUUUUAACAAAGGCCAUCAAAACUGCAGUUUUUCCCGCGAUUGCAAGACAUGUGCAUUGACUGCUUUUCAGGUGGUGACUUGAAUGUGCCUCGAGAGUAAUAUUUAUCUCGCAUAGAACACACAACAAAAAGCCGAUUAGGUAACUAGAUAAACUAUUCUACUAUGGGGUAGUCAGAUUUUUCUAUUCAUUACUUGUUUUGUUUGCAGAGGAAAAGUAAAUGGGGACUGUUCUAGAAUCUUCAAAGUCACCCUUAGCAGAUUGUUUUUUCAUGUGCCAUAUUUUGGGGGGCGUGGCGUCAAUGAUUUUGUCGUGGCGCAGCGCCACAUACAAAUGACUGCAGCGGAACACUCGCACAGUGUCAUCAGCAUAAAAGUGUAGCUUACAGUUCUUCACUGAAGAACCAAUAUGGUUAAUGUACAAUGUGAAUAGUAGUACUGGCCCUAGAAUGAACCCCUGAGGCAUGCCACUAGAAUUUCCUUAGGUUCAGGUUUGAAAAGAAACUCCAGCACACUGGUGGUCUUCAUGCUCCACAGAUUUAAUGGAUCUUUGUACCAAUGUUUUGGUCUCGAUAGACCAGGGUUUCCCAACUGGUGGCCCGUGGGUGGUGUUAUUUGGCCCCCAAAAUAAAAAAUACAAAUAAAAUAAGUUAUUAUUAAAAAUAUAUUGUUGCACAUAAAUUACUGUAAAAACACCAGCAAAUCAGCUCCAAUGGAUUUCUCAAGUGUUACAACUCAUAAUAGACAUAUGAUCGUAUACAGAUGUUCAAGGUUUGAAAUAAUUGUUUUAGUCAAAUAUUAUAUAUGUUUGGGCUUCUUGCGGUCAGUUUGCAGUCUACAAAUUAUUUGUAAUUAUGACCGGCCCCCCAACUAUCCAUUCAAGAAAAAAUUGGCCCACGGGCCGAAUCUAGUUGAUGAUCCCUGCAAUAGACCUUCAUCAUAGCCUGGUCCCAGAUCUGUUUGUGCUGUCCUAGCAACUCCUAUGGUAAUUGUCACACCAGUGACCGGAAGAGUUGGCAAACAGAUCUGGGAACAGGCUACCUUCAUCAAGGUUCAGGUUGAAAAUAUUGUUGGUUUCGUCAAUGUCUCAACGAUGUCUCUGUCUUUGUGACCAGGUGUAGGGGAGAAAUACUCGACGUGGGAGCCUACGAAGCGAGAGCUGGAGUUACUACGGCACAAUCCAAAGCGAAGGAAAAUCACUACAAACUGCACCAUUGGUGGGAUAUAGGCUGGUCCGCUGUCCGCACGUCCUUAUGAAGUGCUAGCAUGGUAGCAUGGUCGAUUUCAUCACCCAGACAGCUGUGUGUGUGUGUGUGUGUGUGUGUGUGUGUAAGGGACAGAGACUGUCUGUGGUGUUGUCUGUAUAGUCCAGGGUUACUCAUGUAUUUAAGUUGGGCCUGAAAGGUCAGCUGGAGUGAUUAACACCACAGGUUAGCAGGCAGUAGCCCAGGGAGAGAGGGAGAGAGAGAAUGCUCUGUUCCUUCUUCAAUGACAAGUUCACACAACAGGGUGGUCUUCUCUUUCUCUCUUUUUUUUUUCUCUCGCUUCCUUUCUCAGUCUGUCGCUCUCUGUUUCUCACACUCUUUGUAGAUUCAAACCUAUUUAGGCCUAUCUCUGUUUCUCACACUCUUUGUAGAUUCAAACCUAUUUAGGCCUAUCUCUGUUUCUCACACUCUUUGUAGAUUCAAACCUGUUUAGGCCUAUCUCUGUUUCUCACACUCUUUGUAGAUUCAAACCUAUUUAGGCCUAUCUCUGUUUCUCACACUCUUUGUAGAUUCAAACCUGUUUAGGCCUAUCUCUGUUUCUCACACUCUUUGUAGAUUCAAACCUGUUUAGGCAUAUCUCUGUUUCAUUCUUCCUCCUCUUCUCUUUCUAGAUCUCUUUCUAGAUCUCUCUGUCCUCUCUGUCCUCUCUCUGCGCCUCUCUCUGCAGUUAUAUAUCUUGAUUCAUUCAGUCUCACUCCUUCUCUCUCUUUCUCCCUCCCGCUUGCUGUAAUGAAACACUUGUAGAGAGUCCUACCAGCUGUCUCAGGGCCUUGGGGUGUUGGGUGUGGAGUGGGUCGAGUCUGGAGAGUUUAACCACCAGCCGAGAGCUCUAUUCCUGGGCCAAAAAGGCUGGACCAGUCCCAGGCUCCACGCUGGGCCUCACCUGUUCUGUUCACUCAGGCCUUCGUGGUGGACCACAGCUUACAGCUUUCGUCUGCACUGCCCAAACCAUGGCUAUAUUACACUAGCCCAAACCAUGGCUAUAUUACACUAGCCCAAACCAUGGCUAUAUUACACUAGCCCAAACCAUGGCUAUAUUACACUAGCCCAAACCAUGGCUACAUUACACUAGCCCAAACCAUGGCUAUAUUACACUAGCCCAAACCAUGGCUAUAUUACACUAGCCCAAACCAUGGCUACAUUACACUAGCCCAAACCAUGGCUACAUUACACUAGCCCAAACCAUGGCUACAUUACACUAGCCCAAACCAUGGCUAAACCAUGGCUAUUUACACUAGCCCAAACCAUGGCUAUAUUACACUAGCCCAAACCAUGGCUAUAUUACACUAGCCCAAACCAUGGCUAUAUUACACUAGCCCAAACCAUGGCUAUAUUACACUAGCCCAAACCAUGGCUACAUUACACUAGCCCAAACCAUGGCUACAUUACACUAGCCCAAACCAUGGCUACAUUACACUAGCCCAAACCAUGGCUAUAUUACACUAGCCCAAACCAUGGCUAUAUUACACUAGCCCAAACCAUGGCUAUAUUACACUAGCCCAAACCAUGGCUAUAUUACACUAGCCCAAACCAUGGCUAUAUUACACUAGCCCAAACCAUGGCUAUAUUACACUAGCCCAAACCAUGGCUAUAUUACACUAGCCCAAACCAUGGCUAUAUUACACUAGCCCAAACCAUGGCUAUAUGACACUAGCCCAAACCAUGGCUAUAUUACACUAGCCCAAACCAUGGCUACAUUACAUCAUUCCAAACCAUGACUACAUUACAUAAUUCCAAACCAUGGUGAAAUUUAGCACAUUUACAGAACUGUUUAUUAUUUUUCAUUGUCCCUGUCAAAUAAAUAAAGUAAAUUAAAGCUUCCUUUACAGGAGAUGGCAAUGUUAGACCUUAAUGUACUCCUCUCUCUGUUGCAGGAGAAUGCACCUAUAACUGUACCCCUCUUGAUUGUUUGUCCCGAAGAUAGGCCUACUUUUUCACAUUCCCCCCUCUCUCUCUAAACCCCCCCCCCCCCCCGGCAGGUUUACGAGGGUUGAUCAACCUGGGCAACACGUGCUUCAUGAACUGCAUCGUCCAGGCCCUCACCCACACCCCCCUGCUGCGGGACUUCUUCCUGUCCGACAGGCACAAGUGUGAGAUGCAGUCCAACUCCUGUCUGGUGUGUGAGAUGUCACAACUCUUUCAGGAGGUAAGGCCGGAGCUAGUGGGGAUAGGGUUGCAAUUUGCUAAAUUCCGUCAAAUUUCCCAGGUUUUUCAGAAAUGUUUGUUGUUGGAGAAUCAGGAGGGAAUAAUCAGGGAGGGAGUCCUCCAACUGGGAUUUCUGGGAAAGACUGGAAUGUUGCAACCCUAGGGCGGUCAAAUGCAGUCUUCUAAGGGUUUGUGAGGCCAAAGGAAAACAUAUGAGAUAGAAUGACUGCAGAGGGGAGUCACUGACUGGAUCACUGCUUUGUGGAGCUGGAGGGAAACAACUCUGUCUGAGUGGAAUGAACUGAGUUCAACAAGAAUGCCCUGCCGUAUUAUAGAGCUACAGUGUUUGGCAUUUUAUAUCAACUCAGCUCACCAGUCUGUGUGUGAGGGGAUGGGUGCGGGGGAGGGUGUCUGUCUUUGUCUGUCGGUCUCUGUGUGUAUGUGUCUCAGUGUGUGUCUCCAUACUUAUCUCUAAAUGCUAGCCUCCUUACCAAUCGUUCACUACCAGUUCUGAAUGUCUUUAGUACAGUCAGUUGGUUAGAUUACAUCCAAUAAACUCAAUGCCCCCUGAACAUUACAGAACUUGUGCUCAGGUGUCUGUCUGCUCCUCCUCCUCCUCCUCCUCCUCCUCUCCUCCUCACACCCUCUCACUCUCUGGUGUGUAUAUAUACACUGAGUGUAAAAAACAUUACACCUGCUCUUUCCAUGACAUAGACAAGGCUUAAAAAUUAAGAUUUGAACAGUCUCCUCCCCUUCAUCUACACUGAUUGAAGUGGAUUUAACAAGUGACAUCAAUAAGGGAUCAUAGCUUUCACCUGGAUUCACCUGGUCAGUCUAUGUCAGUGGUUACCAACUCCAGUCCCCCAGUACCCCCGACAGCACAAAUGUUUGUUGUAGCCCCGGAAAAAAACCACCUGAUUCAGCUCAUUGAGGGCCUGAUGAUUAGUUGAUAAGUUGAAUCAGGUGUGCUUGUCUGGGGCUACAAUAAAAAUGUGUGCUGUUGGGGGGACUGGAGUUGGUAACCACUGACAUAGACUGACCAGGUGAAAGCUAUGAUCUCUUAUUGAUGUCACUUGUUAAAUCCACUUCAAUCAUGUAGAUGAAGGGGAGGAGACAGGUUAAAGAAGGAUGUUUAAGUCUAGAGACAAUUGAGGCAUGGAUUGUGUAUGUGUGCCAUUCAGUGUAUGAAUGGGCAAGACAAAAUAUUUAAGUGCCUUUGAACGUGGUAUGGUAGUAGGUGCCAGGCACACCGGUUUGUGUCAAGAACUGCAACGCUGCUGGGUUUUUCACGCUCAACAGUUUCCCAUGUGUAUCAUGAAUGGUCCACCACCCAAAGGACAUCCAGCCAACUUGACACAACUGUGGGACGCAUUGGAGUCAGCAUGGGCCAGCAUCCCUGUAGAACGCUUUCGACACCUUGUAGAGUCCAUGCCCCAAUUAAUUGAGGCUGUUCUGAGGUCAAAAGGGGAUGCAACUCAAUAUUAGGAAGGUGUUCCCCGGGCGGCCUCAGUGGGCUGAUCCGUUCAGCUAGAACAAAGGGAGGGAGCAACCAUUCACCUUCAUCACAUGGAGGAGCAACCGUUUAGUGUUCAGAUGUGACAGCGUGAAUCAACUAGUGUCUAGAGUAGACCAAGGAGAAAAGUUAAAAGCAUACCCUUGGAGAAUACUUGUCAUGCUACAAUGGAACUACAAUAAAAGUUUCAGAACAAACAUUUUGUGCUUGCUUAUAACUAUUCAGCUAGAGCGCAUAUCUCAGUCCCUCUCGCUCUGUUCUUGUCCCUUAGAGCCAGAUGCACGCACAUGCACACGCACACACUUCUCUUCCCUCUCUCCCAAUCACGUUGCUCGUUCCUGCUCCACGCGUUCCUCCUCUCCUUUGAACUUGGCGCAUGCAGCACCAUCAUCAGUACCAGGAAAGAGGGUCUGUUCCUCUGAGUCUGUACCCACACAGCUCCUCUCAGCCAGGGAGGCGAUGGUCUUUGAACAACCCCUCCCCGUCUCCCUUCUUUUUAUAGACUCAGCCUGCUUCAAACCGCAGCGCAGGACCAAAGAGCCUGUAAGAUACAUGAUAUAAGCUUAUUUGUGUGUGCGUGAGUCAGGAGAUUAAAGGUGUGUACUGUAAUAGGCUUGCUUCUGCAUUCAAGCAGAGCACUCUUUUCAUUAUGGUGUUGUUCUCUCCAUCUCACACCCUGACCUAGACUGUCAAUCAUCCAAUCCCCAUAGCAACCUGGAGAUUCAGCAGUCUGGUUUCACACACACUCUCUCUCUGGAAGUUCAGUGACUAGCAUUCACUAACAUAUAAUAGCAUUUGCUAACAGGUUCUAGCAUAUAUAUUUUUUUUUUUUACAGAUGAUAGCUUUUGCUAACAGUUACUAGCAUUUGCUAACAUUUACCAACGUUUGCUAACAGUCACUAGCAUUUGCUAGUGGAUGCUAGCAUUUGCUUACACUAAUGUUAGAUGCUUGGAGAAAUUCAUUCAAGUCAGGUUAGUUAGUUAUGUCGAUGGGCUCAUGUAGUGGUAAGGCAGUGUUUCCCAUGUGUUGUCGCCUGAUUAUUAUUUAUAUUUUUUAACUGCUUGGUCCAUAGAACCGGGGUUAUGUCAGUAACCUCUAGUAUCCGCUAGAUGCGGUUGUAGUAAAGAGCGUUUUCUGUUUUCUUCCUACAACUGUGAGUCUAUCUUUUGAACGGUUUAAGCUACAAAGUAGUAUGACCCCAUCGCUGAAAGAUAAGACUCUCAGGAACACUUGUGUGUCUUCUGUUUCACUUUACAAUGCCCACAAGCCGCGCAGGACUCAAUUAAACAGAUUGGACAAGACCAGGCACUAAAUCAAACUGGGGGGGAAAGAACAUCAUCAAUUAUGUUAUUUUCUACAGAGAAGAUCAUACAAAAUUAUUGUCUGAUGAUCUUCUGAACUUCCCAAUACCUUUCUGAUGCAUUUCAGUCACUUCAAACUAUACUUCCUUCGGCUAGAAAUACUGUCAAAAGUACUGUAAAACUGAUUUGCAAUAGACUGUCAUAGCUCCAAUUAAAAAAAGUUGGCAAUUGACUUACAACACCUUUGUUACAUGGUGGGGUCGCUAAAUGUUUUGGAUAUCAAAAUGGGGUCGUGGGCCCAAAAAAGUUUGGAAUCCCUGUGCUAAUGUGUCAGCUAUACAAAGAAAAACAGGCACUUUUCCCUUUCAGUGAAAAUACAAGUUGAGUGUAGGUAAAUUUAACAACAUGGCUGCCAGAUGUUAAAUCCAUGUUCUCCCACUAACCUACUUUAUCUCCACAGUUCUACUCGGGCCACCGUUGGCCCCACAUUCCCUUCCGGCUGCUGCACCUGGUGUGGACUCACGCACGUCACCUAGCGGGCUACGAGCAACAGGAUGCCCACGAGUUCCUCAUCGCAGCGCUGGACGUGCUGCACCGGCACUGCAAAGGAGACACCACCCGUAAGUAUCGCCCUCCUAACUUAUUACUUAAAUACUGUAGUAAAGGUUCACUUAAUAACUUACUCAUAAAUACAGUAUAAUACUGUAGUAUUGUUAAAGAGAAGUGGCAGUUGAAAUAUAUUGUAUAUUUUCAGUGUAACUGCACUCAUUGCAGUACAGACAGUGUGAGUGUAUUGUAACCGAAGAGAGAUGUUCUGAUUCUUCUUGCGGGUAGCUUAGUGGUUAAGAGUGUUGUGCCAGUAACCGAAAGGUCGCUGGUUCUAAUCCUCUAGCCGACUAGGUGAAAAAUCUGUCGAUGUGCCCUUGAGCAAGGCACUUAACCCUAAUUGCUCCUGUAAGUCGCUCUGGAUAAGAGCGUCUGCUAAAUGACUAAAAAUGUAAAAAUGUAAAUGUAAAUCAGAGACCAAAGUGGUUUUCGUCAAGACAAGAUGUAUGAUAAAUGUAUGAGAUUUACAAUGUCAUUGUGUGGUUUAAAACGGAAUAUUAUCAGUUAGCCUACAGUUGAAAUAGGUUAUAAGAGAGAACAGAUUUGUCACGUCUGUCUGCCUGCAUAAAUUCUGCAUGCGCUGAAUCCUCAGUUGUGUCAAUCGAAACGCCACUUUUGCCAAGGAGACACGUCUGUGUCAAAUCUACCCAUAAUGCAGUGUUGUCCGCACUCAGCACCAGUGGAAAUGUACUGAAGGGAUUGAGUGAAGGGAAAGUGACAAUGCCACGCACCGAAGGGACAGAGAGCAUUGUGGGGGGAAUGACAAUGUGCCCCACUGCACCGCAAUGACACAGACAGGUCUGACUCAGACAUAGAGAGGGUCCCGGCAGUAAGGAGGCCUCUGAUUUGCAGUAAGGUAGAGGUUGUUUAGAGGUGCUAGAGAGAGAGAGAGAGCGGAAGAGACAGGGGGAGAGAGAGAGAGAGAGAGAGAGCUUUAAAAGUGCGUCCACAGUGGGUGUUGUGUGCUCGCUCUCUAUCUGUGUUCUGUUGGUUACCUAGGAGAUGACAACGGGAAGAAGGCCAACAAUCCGAACCACUGUAGCUGCAUCAUUGACCAAAUUUUCACCGGCGGCCUCCAAUCAGACGUCACCUGUCAAGUCUGCCAGUAAGUGUGUGUGUGCGAGCGCCUCAUCUUCUUUCCACUAGCCAACAUCCCCCGUGUGUGUGUGGACGUGUUUAAACAAAAACAUUUUUGGGGACAUUUUGUUGGUCCCCACAAGGUCAAAUGCUAUUUUUAGGGUUAAGGUUAGGUUUUUAGGUUAGGGUUAAGGAAAAAGUAUGGGUUAGGGGUUAGGGAAAAUAUGAUUUUUAGUUGGACUGAGUUGUGUGUCCCCACAAGGUUAGAUGUACAAGACUGUGUGUGUGUGUGGAAGAAGGAAAAGGUUGUAUGUGUCAAGACUGCUAAAAGACUCACAUUUGACAUUUUGACAUCUGACAUCGCCAGGAGGCAAGAACUCCUUUCCUCUGCUCUCUCACCUCCCAUCCUCCUCCUCCCUCUUCUCCUCUGCUCUCACCUCCCAUACUCCUCCCUCUUCUCCUCUGCUCUCUCACCUCCCAUCCUCCUCCUCCCUCUUCUCCUCUGCUCUCACCUCCCAUCCUCCUCCCUCUUCUCCUCUGCUCUCUCACCUCCCAUCCUCCUCCUCCCUCUUCUCCUCUGCUCUCUCACCUCCCAUCCUCCUCCUCCCUCUUCUCCUCUGCUCUCGCCUCCCAUCCUCCUCCUCCCUCUUCUCCUCUGCUCUCACCUCCCAUCCUCCUUCUCCCUCUUACCCCCUCCUUUCUCCCCUGCUCUACCCUCCCUUGCCCUUCUCCCUCUGAUAUCAGCUUCCUUCCUAUUACCUUACUCCCUCCUUCCCUCCCUCCAUCCUUUCUCCCCUACACUCCCAUUCUCCCAGUGCCCACUACCCUCUCCUUGUGCUACAGUUGAUUAAUCAGCCUAGACCCCACUACCUUCUUGUGCUACGGUUGAUUAAUCAGCCUAGACCCCACUACCCUCUCCUUGUGCUACGGUUGAUUAAUCAGCCUAGACCCCACUACCCUCUCCUUGUGCUACGGUUGAUUAAUCAGCCUAGACCCCACUACCCUCUCCUUCUGCAACAGUGGAUUUAUCAGUCUGGAGUGACUCACCUCCCACUGCCUCCUCUGUCCUCUCCCUCCCCUACCUCUCUUCCCCACUCCCACCUACCUCUCUCCCCCACAGUCUCACCUACCUCUCUCCCCCAGUCUCACCUACCUCUCUCCCCUCUUGCUCUCACCUCUCCCAUUCUCCCAGUGCUUCCUGCCUUAGUACUCUCUUCUAGUGCCACAGUGGUCCUCUCCCUUCCACUCCCCCUGUCCUCUCCCUUCCACUCCCCCUGUCCUCUCCCUUCCACUCCCUCUGUCCUCUCCCUUCCACUCCCCCUGUCCUCUCCCUUCCACUCCCCCUGUCCUCUCCCUUCCACUCCCCCCGUCCUCUCCCUAUUUCCACCCCCUUCCAACUCUCUCCCUUCCACUCCCCCUGUCCUCUUCCCUUCCACUCCCCCUUUCCCUCUCCCUUCCACUCUUCCUGUCUUCUCCCUUCCUCUCCCUUCCACACCUGUCCCCUUUCACUGCACUUCCUCCCUCAUCCCUUGUUCUUCCCUUCACUCCCCUGUCACUUCCCUUCGAUCCUGUCUUCCUCUCCUGCCCUUCCUGUUACAUUACACAGGCUCCCACUGUCCCCUCCCUCAGUCACCUUCUCACUGCACACUUCCUGUCAACUCCUUGCACUCUCCACUGCAUCUUCCCAUUGCUCACUCCGCUGUCCGGGCUCCACCUGGCUACAUCCACACCCAUUUGCUCCUCUACCUGUCGACUACUCCAAUUACCUCUCCUUCGGGCUACCCCUUCCAUCAUCCCUUCACUGUCCUGCUUCCAAUUCCCUGACUCUCGCUAGCUUCUCCAUAUCACCCCUGCUCGUCAGCUUCACUCCCCAUUACCUCUGUAGCUACUCCCAUACCUUCCUGAUCCUUCUGCUACCCAGUUCACCUGCUUGGCCUUUUCUAAACCUGCCUCACUUAGCCACUCCAACACUGCCCUUCACUGCACUCCUCUCAUAUUUAAUUCAUGGUCCUCUCCUCCCCGUGUAGCUGCUGUUGGGAGGUGGUUCUCUAGACGCUGGGCUGUCCUGUCACAUUAACACAGAGCACACUGCACUCUAGUGCACUCUACUGCACACUAUUGCAAUCUUUGCACUCUACUGCAUAUUACACAGUGCUACACGGCUAGCCGGGCUCAGCCACACCUGGCCACACACAACACAACACAGAAGUUUGCUCCCAUUAACUGUAGGACUAGCUCCAAUAUACCUGACUGUCGGGCUAGCUCCAAUAUACCUGUCUGUCGGGCUAGCUCCAAUAUACCUGACUGUAGGGCUAGCUCCAAUAUACCUGACUGUCGGGCUAGCUCCCAAUAUACCUGACUGUCGGGCUAGCUCCAAUAUACCUGACUGUCGGGCUAGCUCCAAUAUACCUGACUGUAGGGCUAGCUCCAAUAUACCUGACUGUAGGGCUAGCUCCAAUAUACCUGACUGUCGGGCUAGCUCCAAUAUACCUGACUGUCGGGCUAGCUCCAAUAUACCUGACUGUGGGCUAGCUCCAAUAUACCUGACUGUCGGGCUAACUCCAAUAUACCUGACUGUAGGGCUAGCUCCAAUAUACCUGACUGUAGGGCUAGCUCCAAUAUACCUGACUGUAGGGCUAGCUCCAAUAUACCUGACUGUAGGGCUAGCUCCAAUAUACCUGACUGUCGGGCUAGCUCCAAUAUACCUGACUGUAGGGCUAGCUCCAAUAUACCUGACUGUAGGGCUAGCUCCAAUAUACCUGACUGUAGGGCUAGCUCCAAUAUACCUGACUGUAGGCUAGCUCCAAUAUACCUGACUGUCGGGCUAGCUCCAAUAUACCUAACUGUCGGGCUAGCUCCAAUAUACCUGACUGUAGGGCUAGCUCCAAUAUACCUGACUGUAGGGCUAGCUCCAAUAUACCUGACUAUAGGGCUAGCUCCAAUAUACCUGACUGUAGGGCUAGCUCCAAUAUACAUGGGUAGAACAGCUAUUGAAACCUGCGAUUUUGCAGUUUCCUACUACAAAGCAUGUAGGUCUGUAUCUCUUUAUCAUAGUACCUUACUGUGGAGACGAAUCUAAUACAAAAUCGAGGAAACACAUUGUAUGAAUUUAACGUAUUCAUUUGCAGGUUAUUGCAAUAUACUGCCAUAGCCCACUGGUACGAGAGUCAGUAUUACCCUCCAUAGGCCCCUACUGUGACAGAGACGGUAAUAACCCCUCAUAGCCCAUGACAACACAGUAGAACCCUCAUACCCUAUGGAAUGACGUAAGUAACCCUCAUAUGCCCCUAUUGGACAAGACAUUAGCACCUCAUAGUCCCUACUGUGAAGAGACUAGUACCCUCCAUACCCUGACUGGACAGGACAGUAGUACCACUCAUAGCCCUGACUGGACGAGACGUAGUACCCAUCAUAUACCCUACUGGACGGAGUAGUACCCCUCCAUACCCCUACUGACGGACAUAGUACCCCCUCCAUACCCCUAUGACAGACAUGACCCACCUGGCGUCCUUAUACUUACAAGAAGUAACCCCCCGAAUCAACUGGACAGAGACUACAUCCACCUACUAUACCAAUACAGCAUAGUACCCCCCCAUAGCCCCCUAUGGACAGAGACAUAUAACCCUCCAUACCCAAGCUAGACAAGAGACAGUAGUAACCCCCUCCAUAGCCCCCUACGGGAAGAGACAUUGUAACCCCCUCCAUAGGCCCCCUACUGGGACCAGAGACAGUAUUAACCCCCUCCAUAGCCCCCUACUGGGACGAGACAGUUAGUAACCCCCUCCAUAGCCCCCUACUGGACAGAGACAGUAGUAACCCCCUCCAUAGCCCCCUAUUGGACAGAGACAGUAGUAACCCCCUCCAUAGCCCCCUACUGGACAGAGACGGUAGGAACCCCCUCCAUAGCCCCCUAUUGGACAGACACAGUAGUAACCCCCUCCAUAGCCCCCUACUGGACAGAGACAGUAGUAACCCCCUCCAUAGCCCCCUACUGGACAGAGACAGUAGUAACCCCCUCCAUAGCCCCCUACUGGACAGAGACAGUAGUAACCCCCUCCAUAGCCCCCUACUGGACAGAGACAGGUAGUAACCCCCUCCUGACUACUAAUAUGACCAAGAGUAUGAAUAUUAACACACACACACACACCAGUCUUUCUAGCAACCCACAUUACCUCAUAACUCACUCAUACACACACAAUGUAUCUCAUUGAGCCUCUCCCCUCCCCUCUCUAGCGGUGUGUCCACCACAAUAGACCCAUUCUGGGACAUCAGUCUGGACCUGCCGGGCUCGUCCACUCCCUUCUGGCCCCUCAGCCCCGGGGGAGACGGCUCAACGGUCAACGGAGAGAGCCACCUCUCAGGGGCCACCACGCUCACAGACUGUCUACGCAGGUAUGACCACACGAGACGUCUGUCUGUCCCUCCCCAUGUCUUUCACCACGUCUAUCCCUCUCUAGAUGUCUGUCUGUCUGUCUGUCUGUCUGUCCGUCCCUCCCCAUGUCUUUCACCACGUCUAUCCCUCUCUAGAUGCCUCUGUCUGUCCGUCCCUCCCCAUGUCUUUCACCACGUCUAUCCCUCUCUAGAUGCCUGUCUGUCUGUCUGUCCAUUCCCAUGUCUUUCACCACGUCUAUCCCUCUCUAGAUGUCUGUCUGUCUGUCUGUCUGUCCGUCCCUCCCCAUGUCUUUCACCACGUCUAUCCCUCUCUAGAUGUCUGUCUGUCUGUCUGUCCCUCCCCAUGUCUUUCACCACGUCUAUCCCUCUCUAGAUGCCUGUCUGUCUGUCCGUCCCUCCCCAUGUCUUUCACCACGUCUAUCCCUCUCUAGACGCAUGUCUGUCUGUCCGUCCCCAUGUCUUUCACCACGUCUAACCCUCUCCUCUCCACUAGACGCCUGUCUGUCCGUCCGUCUCCACUUCAUAUGGGCUACCAUAAACAUAGUAUGCUGUCUAGUCUACUCUCAUCUUCUAUCCUACAUGUACAUAUUACUUCAACUACCUCAACUAGCCGGUGCCCCCGCCCAUUGACUCUGCACCGGUACCCCCCUGUAUAUAUAGCCUCCCUACUGUUAUUUUAUUUUACUUCUGCUCUUUUUUUCUCAACACUUUUUUGUUGUUUAAUUCUACUUUUUUAUUAAAAAUAAAUGCACUGUUGGUUAAGGGCUGUAAGUAAGCAUUUCACUGUAAUGUCUGCACCUGUUGUAUUCGGCGCAUGUGGCCAAUAACAUUUGAUUUGAUUUGAUCUCUCUCUCCACCUCUGCUACCACAAUCAUAUAACCUGACUCUCUCUCUCUCUCUCUCUCUCUCUCUCUCUCUCUCUCUCUCUCUCUCUCUCUCUCUCUCUCUCUCUCUCUCUCUCUCUCUCUCUCUCUCUCUCUCUCUCUCUCUCUCCCCUGUAAUUUGAUGAAUGUCAAUUUGCUCUUCUUUAUCUUCCAUCUCCUCUGUUUCCUGUGUCCUCACUUCCUCUCUGUUCCUCCUCCUUAUUCCUCUCCUUCCUGUACUCCAUCCCCAGUCACAGCCUGGGUGCUGUAGCAUGCCUCUUAAAGGUACAGACAGGGCUGAGUCUGAGGGUUGAAAACAUUGUUAUAAUAUACACACUUCAAAUCAAAUUGUUUUUGCCACAUGCGCCAAAUACAACAGGUGUAGACAUUACCGUGAAAUUCUUACUUACAGCCCUUAACCAACAAUGCAUGUAUUUUUUAAUAAAAAAGUAAAAUAAAACAACAACAACUAAAAACCUUUUGAGGAUCUGAGUACUCAUGCCAAAUCUUUUCAGUCUCCUGAGGGGGAAUAGGCUUUGUCGUGCCCUCUUCACAACUGUCUUGGUGUGUUUGGACCAUGAUAGUUCGUUGGUGAUGUGGACACCAAGGAACUUGAAGCUCUCAACCUGUUCCACUACAGCCCCGUCGAUGAGAAUGGGGGCGUGCUCAGUCCUCUUUUUUUUUUCCCCGUACUCCACAAUCAUCUCCUUUGUCUUGGUCAAGUUGAGGGAGAGGUUGUUAUCCUGGCACCACACGGCCAGGUCUCUGACCUCCUCCCUAUAGGCUGUCUCAUCGUUGUCGGUGAUCAGGCCUACCACUGUUGUGUCGUCUGCAAACUUAAUGAUGGUGUUGGAGUCGUGCCUGGCCAUGCAGUCAUGGGUGAACAGGGAGUAUAGGACGGGACUGAGCACGCACCCCUGAGGGGUCCCCGUGUUGAGGAUCAGCGUGGCAGAUGUGUUGUUACCUACCCUUACCACCUGGGGGCGGCCCGUCAGGAAGUCCAGGAUCCAGUUGCAGAGGGAGGUGUUUAGUCCCAGGAUCCUUAGCUUAGUGAUGAGCUUUUGAGGGCACUAUGGUGUUGAACGCUGAGCUGUAGUCAAUUAAUAGCAUUCUCACGUAGGUGUUCCUCUUGUCCAGGUGGGAAAGGGCAGUGUGGAGUGCAAUAGAGAUGGCAUCAUCUGUGGAUCUGUUGGGGCGGUAUGCAAAUUGGAGUGGGUCUAGGGUUUCUUGGAUAAUGAUGUUGAUGUGAGACAUGACCAGCCUUUCAAAGCACUUCAUGGCUACAGACGUCAGUGCUACGGGUUGGUAGUCAUUUAGGCAGGUUAUCUUAGUGUCCAAUGUAUUGGGCACGCAUUCUUAGUGGUGUGCUAGUGUGGAUGUUGGAUUGUUUUGGUUCAUUCGGAUCCCCGUUUAGCUUUUGCCAAGCAGAAGCUAUUCUUCCUGGGGUCCUAGCCUUGGGAACAUAUGCUGCAGUGUGUGAAGUCUUUCUCUCUCGCUGAUGAACAGUAUCAGUCCUUAGUCACUUCGUUGACCACCAUUGUUGGCCUCCCCCCUACAGAACACUGGUGACUUCACUGUUCCAUCGACAGGCGUGGUCUGAUCGGUGCUUAGCACUAUAUUGCAGCCUCUUGCAGUGUAACCAUGGAAACAGACCUGUUAUGUAUCACUACAAACAAAUUCGUAUCUAUUGUCUUUAUAUCUGUCUCUUCUUUACACACUGAGUGUACAAAACAUUCUUUCCAUGACAGACUGACCAGGUGAAUCCGGGGUAUGGUAAUAGGUGCCAGGCGUACCGGUUUGUGUCAAACUGCAACGCUGCUGGGUUUUUCACGCUCUACAGUUUCCCGUGUGUGUCAUCCCUGUGGAACGCUUUCGACACUUUGUAGAGUCCAUCCCCCGCCGAAUUGAGGCUCUUCUGACGGGGUGCAACUCAAUAUUAGGAAGGUGUUCCUGAUGUUUUGUACACUCGGUGUGUUUCUACUUUAUCUGUCUCUGUACCCUCUGAAUGUAUUAUCUUCCCUCAUUCUCUCUUCCCCCACCCCUUUCACUCCCCUCUCUCUCUCUCUCUCUCUCUCCUCAUUCUCUCUCUCUCUAUAUACUCUCUCUCUGUCCCACCCUCCAUCCCUCUCGCUCUCUUAUCAUUCCACUCCCUCUCUCUGCAGGUUCACUCGGCCUGAGCAUCUAGGAAGCAGUGCCAAAAUCAAAUGUGGUGGUUGCCAUAGUUACCAGGAGUCCACCAAACAGCUGACGAUGAAGAAGCUCCCCAUCGUGGCGUGUUUCCAUCUCAAAGUGAGUCUCUCUCCAUCGUGACGUGUUUCCAGCUCAAAGUGAGUCUCUCUCUGCUCCCGGCCAAUCACAAGAGGCCUGCCAUGACCACUAAGGACAAUGUAUUUAAAUACAAUAUAAGAACAUAUGAUAUAUUGAAGUGUAAUAAUAUAUAAUAAAUAUAUUUAAAUACACUAAUAUAUGAACAUAUCAUGUCACACAAUUCAUUGUCAUUCUCACUGUAUGCUUAUAUAGAGGCCUAUUAUAACUACUGCUAUCAUUUUUUCUGUGUGGAAAGAUUUGCCUUCCAUUACUGUCACUACACCACACACACACAGUCUCUCUCUCACACACACACACACACACACACACACACACACACACACACACACAUACUCAGUCCUCUACAUGUUUUAUUUAUGGAGAUGUGGGGGGCCAUACAUAAGCUUUUUAUAAUAUUCAUAGGGCUGUGCUGAACGUGGGAUUCUCUCUGCUCUUCAGACUGAUCCAUGGCUGUUCUGAUUCAUCUAUUACCAUCAGGGCUCAAGUCUAACAGGGCUCUCUAUUUCUCACAAGUAAUCCCUCCCUUCAAAAUGACCAGAAGAUCAGGGAUGAGUCUAAAUCAUGUGUCUCUCUCUUUCUCUCUCUCCCCUCCCCCUCUCUGCUCUCCCUCUACCCCCUCUCUCAUUUCUGGUCCCUCUCUUCUCUCCCCUCCCCCUCUCUUUCUCCCUCUUUCCCCUAUCUUCUUUCCUCCCUCCUGGGGUGUAGCGGUUUGAACACUCUGCAAAACUGAGGAGGAAGAUCACCACAUAUGUCUCCUUCCCUCUAGAGCUGGACAUGACACCUUUCAUAGCUUCCAGGUGGGGUAACACACACACUGCAGAUCUAAGCUCUGCUUUGGAAAUAUAAGACCCUCACUCCUCCUGCUCCAGCGCUAUCAAAUAAUGAGAUGUGUGUAUGAACGCUGUGUGUGUUUUGUGUUCUCCAUCCUCCACCAUCAGGGCAUGGGAUAUAACGUUCCUACAGUACCUUCCUACUGUCUAUUCGUCAUAAACCCUACCUUCCUACUGUCUAUUUGUCAUAUACCCUAGCUACCUAUCUACUGUGUAUUCACCAUUGGACAAUGCUUUGGGGAUGCCAGUGCCACACCUCUGGCUGUAACGGCAGUAGUCAUGUAGUUCUGGCUGAAACGGCAGUAGUCAUGUAGUUCUGGCUGAAACGGCAGUAGUCAUGUAGCUCUGGCGCUAACGGCAGUAGUCAUGUAGCUCUGGCUGAAACGGCAGUAGUCAUGUAGCUCUGGCUGUAACGGCAGUAGUCAUGUAGCUCUGAAUGUAGUGAGUGGCAGAUCAAUGGACAGAGAAAUAGGAGAGUGUAGGAGACUCUCCGCUGUCUGCCUGCUUAUUAUACAGGACACCCAUGCCCCCUAGUGGAUAUGUGGUACAUGACACCCAGCGCAACAUUGGAAUAAGUGUUUCAACACUUUCAUGUCAUCCUCUGGGGUCUUUGUACUUGUAAAUAGUUUAUAACUGGACAAAUUGUUUUACCCCAAAAUCAAUCAAUCAAUCAAAGACACAGUAUUAUGUCUGAAUACUCAUGACAGAAUUCUAGUAUGUGGUAACACUUUCCUUCAUAACACUGUCAUACAAUGACAUAACAGAUUGUAUUAACAGUCAUCCUUGCCUUUCUUGCACUAUCACUCACACUUGUAUUUUCUUACUAGCACUGACUUUGCCGAUUAACUUCUUUAUUGAGGAGAAAUGAGCGUACUAUGACUGUGAUAUGUGGUUUUCUCACCCAGCUACCUUAAGAUGAAUGCACUUUAAGUCGCUGGGGAUAAGAGCGUCAGCUUAAUGACUAAAAUGUAAAUGUAACCGUCACUGUGAGACUGUCAUUUGAAUGGCUGUGUAACCAUGUAUGUCUCUGUUACAUAUUGGAUGAUUUUCUUCUAAGUGUCAUUUGAUAUGAGCAUGCAUGUGACUGAGUGUCUCUGUCCUCGACAGUAAAGAGAGCAGAGUGAAUGGCCACUAUCAACAGACAGUAGAUGUGUUAAACAACGACAAUAAGUAAGUAUGUCCAAGUUUAUUAUGUGUUAUGGUAAACAACAGCAACAUAUCGCCAGUAAACAGCACCAGGUCUGGGUUCAAAUAAGAUUGAAAUGUUGUUUCAAUACUGUAUCUGGGCUUGAUUGAGCUUGCCUUGCACAAUGGAACCAAUUCAAUAGUUGCAAGUGCAAACAUCGCCCACCUAGCACUCCAGGCAGGCUAAAGCAAACGCUGAAAGUAUUUCAAAGAUUUCAAAUAGUAUUUGAACCUAGGUCUGAAUAACACCGUUGUCAACUGUUGCUAGGGUUUCCUUGUAUGCCGUUUGUCAUUUAUUUGACAACAGGUGCACAGAAAAAAAGCUAGAUUAAUUUCAUUAUAAUUGUUUCCAUUCUAGCACAACAGCGAACGUUAACGGCGUGGAGCGUCCUAGUCCGACUCCCAAAUGAAAUAAAUGAAACACUAUUAAAAGUAGCUAUAUUUUUCUCAUCCAUGGCAGUUACAAUGGCAUUCCUUUUCCAAUACAUUUACCAGGGUUAAAUGAAUCAGUGUUAUACAGUACCAUUUCUAGAUGGUAGUUUAGACAAGAGUAUUCCUGACCAUGGUCCGUGUGACUAUUUAAAUUGAUGGCCCCUCUGACUAGUUCACAUGGUCAGAGAAAUAGAUGUAUAAACUAAGAGGAAGCCAGAAUAAUCAGGUGAAGUCGCUAUAUACCACCAGCUGUGUUAUAAAGUACUUUACUUCCCCUCCCUUGCUUCUCCACUAACUCUCCACUGUCCCUGUGCGUGUUCUGUUGAACCAGGUAUUCUCUGUUUAACUCUCCACUGUCUCUGUGUGUGUUGUGGUGGACCGGGUAUUCUCUGUUUAACUCUCCACUGUCUCUGUGUGUGUUGUGGUGGACCAGGUAUUCUCUGUUUAACUCUCCACUGUCUCUGUGUGUGUUGUGGUGGACCGGGUAUUCUCUGUUUAACUCUCCACUGUCCCUGUGCGUGUUGUGUUGAACCAGGUACAGUGAGGGAAAAAAGUAUUUGAUCCUCUGCUGAUUUUGUACGUUUGCCCACUGACAAAGAAAUUAUCAGUCUAUAAUUUUAAUGGUAGGUUUAUUUGAACAGUGAGAGACAGAAUAACAACAACAACAAAUCCAGAAAAACGCAUGUCAAAAAUGUUAUAAAUUGAUUUGCAUUUUAAUGAGGGAAAUAAGUAUUUGACCCCCUCUCAAUCAGAAAGAUUUCUGGCUCCCAGGUGUCUUUUAUACAGGUAACGAGCUGAGAUUUGGAGCCCACUCUUAAAGGGAGUGCUCCUAAUCUCAGCUUGUUACCUGUAUAAAAGACACCUGUCCACAGAAGCAAUCAAUCAAUCAGAUUCCAAACUCUCCACCAUGGCCAAGACCAAAGAGCUCUCCAAGGAUGUCAGGGACAAGAUUGUAGACCUACACAAGGCUGGAAUGGGCUACAAGACCAUCGCCAAGCAGCUUGGUGAGAAGGUCACAACAGUUGGUGCGAUUAUUUGCAAAUGGAAGAAACACAAAAGAACUGUCAAUCUCCCUCGGCCUGGGGCUCCAUGCAAGAUCUCACCUCGUGGAGUUGCAAUGAUCAUGAGAACGGUGAGGAAUCAGCCCAGAACUACACGGGAGGAUCUUGUCAAUGAUCUCAAGGCAGCUGGGACUAUAAUCACCAAGAAAACAAUUGGUAACACACUACGCCGUGAAGGAACUGAAAUCCUGCAGCGCCCAAAAGGUCCCCUUGCUCAAGAAAGCACAUAUACAGGCCCGUCUGAAGUUUGCCAGUGAACAUCUGAAUGAUUCAGAGAAGAACUGGGUGAAAGUGUUGUGGUCAGAUGAGACCAAAUCGAGCUCUUUGGCAUUUACUCAACUCGCCGUGUUUGGAGGAGGAGGAAUGCUGCCUAUGACCCCAAGAACACCAAACCCCACCGUCAAACAUGGAGGUGGAAACAUUAUGCUUUGGGGGUGUUUUUCUGCUAAGGGGACAGGACAACUUCACCGCAUCAAAGGGACGAUGGACGGGGCCAUGUACCGUCAAAUCUUGGGUGAGAACCUCCUUCCCUCAGCCAGGGCAUUGAAACUGGGUUGUGGGUUGGUAUUCCAGCAUGACAAUGAUCCAAAACACACGGCCAAGGCAACAAAGGAGUGGCUCAAGAAGAAGCACAUUAAGGUCUCCAGACCUUAAUCCCAUAGAAAAUCUGUGGAGGGAGCUGAAGGUUCAGUUGCCAAACGUCAGCCUCGAAACCUUAAUGACUUGGAGAAGAUCUGCAAAGAGGAGUGGGAUAAAAUCCCUCCUGAGAUAUGUGCAAACCUGGUGGCCAACUACAAGAAACGUCUGACCUCUGUGAUUGCCAACAAGGGUUUUGCCACCAAGUACUAAGUCAUGUUUUGCAGAGGGGUCAAAUACUUAUUUCCCUCAUUAAAAUGAAAAUCAAUUCAUACCAUUUUUUUCAAAACAUGCAUUUUUCUGGAUUUUUUGUUAUUCUGUGUCUCACUGUUCAAAUAAACCUACCAUUAAAAUUAUAGACUGAUCAUGUCUUUGUCAGUGGGCAAACGUACAAAAUCAGCAGGGGAUCAAAUACUUUUUUCCCUCACUGUAUUCUCUGUUUAACUCUCCACUGUCCCUGUGCGUGUUGUGUUGAACCAGGUGUUCUCUGUUUAAAUCUCCACUGUCUCUGUGUGUGUUGUGGUGGACCAGGUAUUCUCUGUUUAAAUCUCCACUGUCCCUGUGUGUGUUGUGGUGGACCAGGUAUUCUCUGUUUGCGGUGGUGAACCACCAGGGCACCCUGGAGAGCGGCCACUACACCAGCUUCAUCCGCCAACACAAGGACCAGUGGUUCAAGUGUGACGACGCCAUCAUCACAAAGGCCAGCAUCAAGGACGUGCUGGACAGUGAAGGGUGGGUAGUCAGACACCAGGGUCAUAUUCUUUAGAAAACAGACUGAAAGAAAAGACUACCCAAUAGAAAAACGCUCUGUUUCGUUUUCCAUUGUAAAAGGUUUUGACCGUGGGUCGUGUUCAGUGGGGUACGCUGUAACAAAACGUUUUUCAACAGAAAACAAAAGGUUAUGUUGUUAUUGAACAAGUUCAGGUAGUACCAAGUUCCUCUCAGUUGAUUUGGAAGUGGACUUCCUGUGGGAUUGCAGUUCGAUACCCGGGUCAAGUUCAGAACGACCUGGACAACUACUGCUACUACUUAACAAUAACAACACAGAUUUUCAUUUUUUUUUUUUGCAAAGCGUUUUGUGUGCCCUUCUGAACACAACGUUAGAUUGCCUUCAAUUUAGAUUCAAUUGACCCCAACUCUAGGGGUCGAUUCCAUCCAAACACAUUCUUAUAGGGUUAACAACACUGAACAACCCCACACAAACUAACCACAUUUAAGUCUAACUCUUUUCAUGUACUACUACUAAUAAUAAUCACAUUUAAGUCUAAUAGCUAUUUCCUUUCCCCUCAGGUAUCUCCUAUUCUAUCACAAGCAGUUCCUGGAAUAUGAGUAGCCUUACCUUGGAGACCGCUGACUCUGCGGAGAACCAACCCAACGCUCAAAGAGAUGAGAGGAACCAACCAAUAACUGGGGAACAGAGGACGAUAAAACACGAACACACAGAGAGUCUAACAUAAACAAUGACUAAUAAAUAGUGAAAAUUCAUGCAAAACCUGUGUUCAAAAACAGCACUGAGCUCCCGGCAUCUACUUGACACACUGAAUAGAGAAAGAGAAGGAGGAAAAGUGGAGUGGCAUGGGGGGGAGGAGCCCUCCCCUCACUCUCCCUCACUCCGCCCCUUUUCUGACAGUGGGGCGGAGCCUUGGCGAGAGUGAUUGACAGUUCUGUGGAGAGGAAAGAGGGCACAUUGGGGCUACAAACCCCAAAAACGACAGUAUUCGAUUCUGACUUCCUGUUUCUUUCCUCAUGGUGCUCUCGUUUCAACUGACCAAGCAUUUACCAUACAGUCACGAUGGGAUGAGAUUGUAGACGUCUUCAGAUCCAUACAGAACUGAAUGCAAAAACUAUAUAUACUACAACAACAAAACAAAAGUAUGGUAUUAUUUUUUUUAAACAGCAAACAUUUUCUUUUUUCCUAAAAGAUAUGGUUAUGAUUCUUAUCAUUUGAAUUUAGUUCUGGAAUGCUGUAUGAUCCCUCUAGUACAUCUAUUUUUUUAAAGAGGAAAAGUCAGAGAACUGAGAGCGCGAGACGCCAUCCUUGCUAGUUUCCUGGUAAGCGUAGCCAAACACGAAAAAUGGACUUGGAGCAAACUGAACGUACCCGUGUUCAAACUAUUUUUUGUGUUUUUAUUUUUUUGUUUAAUUUCGGUUGAGGGCAGGGAAUAUCAAUUUUUUUAUUUAGCGACUCGUUCAUUGAAAUUCUUUGUUUACCGUUUCUUUCCAGUGUCCAUGUUCUUCUAGUCGUUCUGUUUUGUUGCGGUGCAGUAAUGUCCCUUCCUUGUUGUCAUGGUACCUUCAGAAGAUGUUUUUUUGGAUGUAGUAUUCUUUAUUAUCGUGGAAAGUUUUGUUGGGUAUAUAAUGAUGGUGGUGAUUUAAAUUGGCUCACUUUUGGCUGUUGAAACAUGUAUUUUGGGGAUAAGCUGUAGGUUUCUUGUGGCAUUAUGAAGUAGAGGCAACUGUAGCUUGGUCACAGAUCUGUUAGUGCUGU